UCUGAGCAGUUGGAGCAUUCCCAGCCUUGCCUCGGGUGUAGGGAUUGCAAGGGAAAAGCAAAACUACACGGUCUAGACCCUGUGUAGUUUUGUUUUUUGGGUUAUAACGGGGCCCCAACCGUUCUCACCUUGGAUUUUCUGGAAACAUUUUGGAUAAGAGGAUUGUUGCUGAGGCACUAGCCACCUGGGCACAGUCCCAUCAAGUGUAGGCAACCUUGUGAUACAAGGUGCCUUCUACCAUGUCAACACAAGCUCCAACAUUUACACAGCCGCUUCAGAGCGUUGUGGCACUUGAGGGUAGUGCUGCAACGUUUGAGGCUCAAGUUAGUGGUAAUCCAGUUCCAGAGGUGAGCUGGUUUCGUGAUGGCCAGGUUCUUACUGCUGCGGCUCUGCCCGGCGCUCAGAUCUCGUUCAGCGAUGGCCGCGCUGUUCUGAUGAUCCCCGCUGUGACAGCCGCACACAGUGGAAGAUUUUCUGUGAGAGCCACCAAUGGUGCUGGACAAGCCACUAGCACGGCUGAACUGCUGGUUACAGUGGAAACUGCACCACCAAACUUCAUUCAGAGACUACAGAGUGUGACUGUUAGACAAGGAAGCCAAGUGAGACUAGAUGUUCGAGUUGCAGGAAUCCCUACACCUGUGGUGAAGUUCUACAGAGAGGGAGCUGAGAUUCAGAGCUCAGCUGACUUUCAGAUUGUUCAAGAUGGAGACCUUUACAGUUUGUUGAUUGCUGAGGCCUUCCCAGAAGAUUCUGGAACUUAUUCUGUCAGUGCUUCUAACAGCAGUGGACGUACUACCUCUACAGCUGAACUUCUGGUUCAAGGUGAGGAGGUUGCAGUGCCUGCAAAGAAGACCAAGACUUUUGUUUCAACUUCUCAGAUUUCACAGACUCGCCAGGCUAGAGUUGAAAAGAGAAUGGAGGCCUCCUUUGAGUCCGCAGCCAUGAUGGAAAUGCAAAUAGAGGAUGGUGAUUUGGCUCACAAGGCACCACCCCGUGUGCCCCCUAAGCCAACCUCCAAGUCCCCAACCCCACCGACAGGAGUGUCAAAGGUCGCAGCUACGCGCCAUCAGUCACCUUCCCCUGUGAGGCCUGUUAAAGCCCCCAUUCACGCACCUCACAGGCCUUCUUCCCCUUCAAGACUGUCCGUGUCCCCUAUCAGACCAGUCAAGUCCCCAGUGACUACACUCAAACAAGUCGCACAGGCUGCAGAUAUACUGCCUCCAUGGAAGCAGGAGGGUUACGUAGGAGAAUCCAGUUAUACCAGCAUGACUACUGGAGCCUCGUAUGUCCAGACCUCCUCCACAUUUGUCCACAAGGAGCAGCAUUGGGAAGGUUCUUUUGCUAUGCAACAACAAGCUGGUGGAGUUGCUGUCAAAGAAAUUGUUGAGACUGCAGCAAUCCCAUCCCUCACAAAAGAGCAAGUGAUGCCUCCAACUAUUGUGGCUGGUUUGAAGAACUUGACUGUCACCGAGGGAGAGUCUGUUACUCUGGAGUGCCAGAUUUCAGGCCACCCUACCCCAGCCAUUAUGUGGUUCAGAGAGGAUUACAGAAUCGAGAACUCAAUUGACUUCCAGAUCACUUAUGAAAACCGCUAUGCCCGCUUAGUGAUCCGUGAGGCCUUUGCUGAAGAUAGUGGCCGCUUCACUUGCACUGCUACCAGUGAGGCUGGAACUAUCAGCACCUCUUGCUACCUGCUUGUCAAAGUUUCAGAAGACAUUGAAAGUCGGGAGGAAUUUUCUACUGUCUCUGAACACAUUGAAAUGUCUGCUCGGGAAAAACUGUUUACAGCUGAAGCCAGAGAGGAGACCAUGUCUGAAAUAAGUGCUGUCUCCGAGUCUGUGGAGGCUGGAGCAGGUGUUGCCCCAUUCUUUGUGAAGAAACCCACAGUACAAAAGCUUGUGGAGGGAGACAGCAUAGUCUUUGAGUGCCAAGUCGGCGGAAGCCCCAAACCUCAUAUUUACUGGAAGAAGAGUGGAAUUCCACUUACUACUGGAUACAGGUACAGAGUAGCAUACAAUAAAGACACAGGAUCAUGCAAGCUUGAGAUCUCCAUGACAUUUGCUGAUGAUGCAGGAGAGUACACCAUCUUUGCUAGAAACCCACUUGGAGAGAUUUCUGCUUCAGCCAUGCUGCUUGAUGAAGAGGCAUAUGAGCUGUAUAUGAAGAAACAGGAAGAGACAUUCAAGACCGAAGUAACUACUAUAAUAGAAGGGCCAAAAGUGGCUGACAUACCUGCUGUUGUUGAGACUGUAACUGAGAAAGAGCAGAUCCUCAUGCAGAGAAGGAUGGCUCAACAAACCCAGAUGAUGCAGUCCUUCAUUUCAGAGCAGGAGUUACAAAUAUCUAACUUGGAGCAGAGAUUCAUCCAAGAAAUUGAGUUCCGCCUGCUGAAGAUUACUUACCAGGAGAUGGUCACUCAGGAUGGGGAGCAGUUGGAUAUGAGUGUUUCUGAACAUGAUGCUAUUUAUCCAGUCUUUAAUACUCCAGUUAAAAGCUACAGACUCAGGGAGGGAAUGAGUGCAACUUUUCAUUGCAGGAUGACAGGAACCCCUCUCCCUAAGAUCGUCUGGUACAAAGAUGGCAGGCGUAUCACACAUGGAGGCCGUUAUCAGAUGGAGGUUCUGCAGGAUGGUAGAGCCAGUCUGCGCCUUCCUACGGUGCUGUCAGAAGAUGAGGGCAUCUAUACUGCUUUGAUCAGUAACAUAAAGGGUAAUGCUGUCAGCUCUGGAAAGCUGUAUGUGGAGCCAACUGGUAUAGCACAAACACAGCUUCCUCAGCCAGGGGCAGUUCAAAGAAUCAGGUCCACAUCACCACGCUCCACAAGUCGUUCUCCUGGUCGAUCACCAGCUCGUAGACUUGACGAGACAGAUGAGGCCCAGCUAGAAAGACUCUACAAGCCUGUGUUUGUGCAGAAGCCAUCAUCCUUCAAGUGCUCUGAAGGACAGACUGCAAGAUUUGAUCUGAAAGUAGUUGGGAGACCCAUGCCUGAAACUUACUGGUUCCACAAUGGACAACAAGUGGUUAAUGACUACACCCACAAGAUUGUGGUAAAGGAGGAUGGAACUCAGUCAAUGAUUGUGGUUCCUGCCAUGCCUCAGGACUCCGGAGAGUGGACAGUUGUUGCUCAGAACAGAGCUGGAAAGACAACCGUAUCUAUGACUCUCACUGUUGAAGCCAAGGAAAACUUGGUGAGACCACAAUUUGUGGAAAAGCUAAGAAACAUCAGUGUUAAAGAGGGUACUUUGGUUGAGCUAGCUGUUAAAGCUAUUGGCAACCCCCUUCCUGACAUUGUUUGGCUGAAGAACAGUGACAUAAUUUCCCCACAUAAACACCCACAUAUUAGGAUUGAGGGUGGUAAAGGCGAUGCUCAUUUCAAGAUUCCAUCAUGUACAGGAUCUGAUAGCGCAUGGUACACUGCUACUGCUAUCAACAAAGCUGGCAGAGAUACCACACGCUGCAAAGUUAACAUUGAGGUGGAUGCAGUAAUGCCUCAGCCUGAGAAAAGGCUUGUCAUUCCCAAGGGAACUUACAAGGCCAAAGAAAUUGCUGCACCAGAGUUAGAGCCACUGCAUCUUCGAUAUGGUCAGGAACAGUGGGAAGAUGGUGACCUCUAUGAUAAGGAGAAGCAACAGAAGCCUCACUUCAAAAAGAAGCUUACCUCAGUCAGGCUUAAGCGAUUUGGACCUGCGCACUUUGAGUGUAGACUGACCCCUAUUGGUGACCCGACCAUGAUUGUUGAGUGGCUGCAUGAUGGCAAGCCACUGGAAGCUGCUAACAGACUACGCAUGGUCAAUGAGUUUGGCUAUUGCAGUCUUGACUACGAAGCUGCUUAUUCCAGAGAUAGCGGUGUCAUUACUUGCAGAGCCACCAACAAGUUUGGAGUUGACCAAACCUCUGCUACACUAAUUGUUAAAGAUGAGAAAAGCCUUGUUGAGGAAACUCAGUUGCCAGAGGGAAGGCGAGGACUAAGAAUAGAUGAAAUAGAGCGUAUUGCACAUGAGGGUGGCCCUUCUGGAGUUACUGGAGAUGAUAAUCUUGAAAAAACUAAGCCAGAGAUUGUGUUACUUCCAGAGCCAGUAAGAGUUAUGGAGGGAGAAACCGCUAAAUUCCGUUGUAGGGUGACCGGCUACCCUACCCCAAAAGUUAACUGGUACCUCAAUGGACUGCUCAUCCGCAAGAGUAAAAGAUUCAGGCUUCUCUUUGAUGGUAUUCACUACUUGGAAAUUGUGGAUACCAAGCCCUAUGAUUCAGGAGAUGUUAAAGUUUUGGCUGAAAACCCUGAAGGCGUUACUGAGCAUCUUGUAAAAUUUGAGAUUCAGCAGAAGGAGGACUUCAGGUCAAUCUUGCGUCGUGCACCCGAGGUUAAGGCUCCUGCUCCUGUACCAACACAAGAGCAUGGUAGAGUCUCGUUUGAGGUUGUCAAAGCUGAGAAACCAUCUGAGAUCACUAAAGAACCCAAGGAGGUGGUUAAGCUGAGGAAAACUGAGAGAGUAAUCCAUGAGAAAUUAACAGAAGAAACAGAGGAGCUCAGAAGCAAAUUUAAGCGUAGGACCCAGGAGGGCUACUAUGAAGCAAUAACCGCUGUAGAACUGAAGUCCCGCAAGAAGAAUGAGUCCUAUGAGGAUAUGCUGAAGAAGAGGAAAGAAGAACUUCUUCAUCACGCAAAAGAACUAGGGCCUGAUGCUGAGAAGAAGAAAGAAGAGGAAAGUAAACUCACCAUUCCCAAAGUCAAACCAGAGAAAAUUGUGCUCUCUCCAAGCAUGGAGGCUCCAAAGAUCAUAGAACGGAUCCAGAGCCAGACAGUUUGCCUGGGAGAUGAAGUACACUUCCGCUGUAGAGUCACCGGUAAACCAGAUCCAGAAUGUCAGUGGUUCAAGAAUGGUGUCUUAUUGGAGAAGUCAGACCGGGUUUACUGGUAUUGGCCAGAGGACCAUGUCUGUGAAUUAGUGAUCAGAAAUGUCUUGGCUGAGGACUCAGCAAGUAUAAUGAUCAAAGCCAUGAACAUUGCUGGAGAGACCUCAAGCCAUGCUUUCCUACUAGUUCAAGGCAAACAAGUUGUUUCAUUUACACAACUUCUGGAAGAUCAGAAUGCUAAAGAGAAGGACACCUUGGUGACCUUUGAAUGCGAGACGAACGAACCAUUUGUGAAGGUCAAAUGGAUGAAGGACAAUGCAGAAAUCUUCUCAGGUGACAAAUACAGAAUGCACUCUGACAGAAAGGUGCACUUCCUGUCAGUGCUGAUGAUUUCUAUGAAUGACGAAGCAGAGUACAGUUGUGUGGUUAUUGACGAUGACCACAUAAGAACCAGUGCCUCACUUUAUGUUGAAGGUGCACCACUUGAAAUUGUAAAGAAUCUUGAGAAUACAGAAGUACCAGAGACAUACUCUGGAGAGUUUGAGUGUGUUUUGUCCCGUGAGGAUGCUGAAGGCACCUGGUAUUUUGAGAACAAAGAAAUCACUCCUAGCCUCAAAUAUGUCGUGUCUGCUCGUCGUGGUCGUCAUAGUCUUUCUGUGAAAGAUGUUAAGAAGGAGGACCAGGGAAAAUACACUUUCAAAGUGGGAGAUCUUAAGACAAGUGCCUCCCUUAAGAUGAAAUUGCGCCCUGUGACUCUGAUGCAAGGUCUUUCUGACCUGACAAUCUGUGAGGGUGAUAUUGCCCAACUUGAGGUGCGAUUCUCUCAGGAAAAUGUUGAGGGCUCAUGGAUGAAGAAUGGCCAAGCCAUUUCUGCUUCCGAUAAGAUUCACAUGGUCAUUGACAAAGUCACCCAUAAGCUUCUCAUUGAGGAUGCCAGUAAGGAUGAUGCAGGAAUGUACUCAUUUGUUGUUCCUGCUCAGGACAUUUCUACAAAUGGAAAGCUAACAGUUCAAACUAUUGGCUUCUUGGCGCCACUAAAGGAUGUCUCCACAGUGGAAGGCACUAAAGCUGUUCUUGAGGCUAAAAUCUCUGCUACUGAUAUAACUUCAGUGAAAUGGUUCCACAACAACAAGCUGAUGACAGCAAGUGAUAGAGUCCAGAUGGUUGUCAAAGGAUCUAAACAGAGACUGGCUAUUAACAGGACCUAUGCAUCAGAUGAAGGACAGUAUAAACUUAUUGCUGGCAAAGUAGACUCAACCUGUAAACUUUCUGUCCAGCCUGUAUCUAUUGUUAAGCACAUGGAAGAGUGCGUUUGCACUGAGACCCAGAAUGUCACCUUUGAAGUGGAGGUAUCUCAUCCUGGCAUUGAUGCUCUGUGGACUUUCAAGGGUCAACCUUUAAAGGCAGGUCCAAAGUACAAGAUUGAGAGCAAAGGUACACACUAUAGCCUCACUGUUUUGAAUGCCAUGAAGGAUGAGGAAGGAGAGUACAUAUUUAUGGCUGGUGAGAAGGAAUCUAGAGCAAGACUUAUUGUAUCAGGCGGUGCUAUAAAUAGGCCACUCCAUGAUGUGACUGUAGCAGAAUCCCAGACUGCUGUGCUGGAGUGUGAAGUUGCUAAUCCUACCACAGAAGGCAAAUGGCUUAAAGAUGGUCACCCUAUUGACUUCAGUGAUAAUAUCAUAAGUGAAAAUAAUGGUGCCGUCAGGCGGCUUGUCAUCGUCAUCACCAGGCCACAGGAUGUUGGAGAGUACACCUAUCAGGUGGCAAACUCCAAGACAUCUGGCAACUUGAAGGUUGAAGCUGUUAAAAUCAGGAAGACAAUGAAGAACCAAACUGUUACUGAAACCCAGGAGGCAGUAUUCAGUAUUGAACUCACCCAUUUAGAUGUGAAAGGAUCCCAGUGGAUCAAGAAUGGUCUUGAGAUUCAUCCAAGUGAUAAAUUUGAGAUAACUGUCCAAGGCAUGGUUCACACCCUGAAGAUCAAGAACUGUAACACCCAAGAUGAAUCAGUCUAUGGGUUCAAACUUGGAAAACUCUCUGCUAAUGCCAGACUUAAUGUUGAAACUAUCAAAAUUGUGAAAAAACCAAAGGAUGUGAUGUCACUGCUGGGUGCCACUGCUUCAUUUGAGCUGAGUUUGUCCCAUGAUGACAUUCCAGUUCAGUGGAUGUUCAAUAAUCAGGAGCUUGCGCCAAGUUCAAAUAUUAAAAUACUGUCUGAGAGGAAAGCCCACAAACUUAUCAUUCAGAGCGUUGAAGGUCACAUGGCAGGUGAAUACAUUGCUGUGGUCGGGCAUCUGCUGUGCAGUGCACAUCUUCAAAUUGAAUAUUUGAGAGUCACCAAACCUUUGAAGAACAUUGAUGUUCCAGAGACCCAUGUGGCAACGUUUGAAUGUGAGGUUUCUCAUUUCAAUGUUCCAUCGAUCUGGCUGAAAAAUGGAGUUGAGAUUGAGAUGAGCGAGAAGUUUGGCAUUGUGGUGCAAGGCAAACUUCAUCAGCUGAAAGUCAUGAAUGCCAGUCAGGAGGAUGCUUCAGAAUACACAUUUUUGUGUGGAAAUGACAAAGUGUCUGGUAACCUGAUUGUAAAACCAAUUCUGAUCACAUCCAUGCUUCAAGACCUCAAUGCUAAGGAAAAAGACACUGUUACAUUUGAGGUGACCGUCAACUAUGAAGGCAUCACCUACAAAUGGCUGAAGAAUGGAGUAGAAAUCCGAUCCAGUGAUAGAUGCCAAACUCGCUGCAAACAGUUCACUCACUCCCUCACUAUUCGAAAUGUUCACUUUGGGGAUGGUGGAGACUACAAGUUUUUGGCUGGAUCUGCUGAAACAUCUGCAAAACUCUUUGUUGAUGCUCGCGUGAUUGAAUUCACCAAGCACAUUAAAGAUAUCAAGGUAACUGAGAAGAAGAAGGCUAUAUUUGAAUGUGAGAUCUCUGAACCCAACGUCCCUGUGAUGUGGAUGAAGGAUGGGCAGGAACUUGAGAUGUCUGAGAGAUUCAAAGCCACCACUGACAAAUUCCUGCAGCGUUUGAUGAUCCAGACAGUGCGCAUGUCUGAUGCUGGAGAAUACUCUGUGGUUGCUGGUGCAAGCGUUUCCAAGGCAAACCUCAUAGUGGAGGGCAAGGAUGUCCGCAUCUCUGAGCCUGCUGAGAGGGACAUCACUGUGGUUGAGAAACAGAGAGCUACUUUUGAAUUUGAAGUGAAUGAGGAUGACAUUGAAGGCCGCUGGCUGAAAAAUGGUGUUGAAAUUCCAUCUUUUGAUGAGCGCUUCAACUAUGUGACAGUUAGAAAGACACAUCGCUUGACAAUCACUGAAACUUACAGAAGUGAUGCUGGAGAAUACACUUUCGUUGCAGGAAAGAACAGGAGCACAGUCAAUCUGCAUGUCCAGAUCCCUGAGCCUCCUCAGAUCAUCAGGGACAUGGAGCCCCUGUCUGUCGAGGCUGGCAAACCUGCACGUUUCUCUGUGGAAGUGACAGGAAUUCCUCAGCCUCAGGUAUCCUGGUAUAAGAACUCUCAGGCCCUAUCUUCUGGGUUCAAGUGUAAGUUCCUGAGGGAGGGAAAUGAGCACAUAUUGUUGCUCAUUGAGGUCUUCCCAGAGGAUGCAGCUCAGUACAACUGUGAAGCUAAGAAUGACUAUGGAGUAGCCACAAGCUCUGCUUCACUUAAUGUGGAAGUUUCAGAGGUGGUUUCUCCAGACACGGUGGCUCCAGUUUCUCCACCAGUAAUUAUUACCUCAUUGCAAGAUACCUCUGCUGAAGAGGGAGAAUCAGCCAGAUUCCAGUGCCGUGUCUCUGGAGAUGAUCUGAAGAUUACCUGGUACUUCAGAGAUAAGGAAAUUGUACAGUCUGACAACUUCAGAAUCUCUCAGUUUGAUGAUAGCUGCCAGCUUGAGAUCUCUAGAACAUAUGUUGCAGAUGCAGGAGAAUACACAUGUGUUGCACGCAAUUCUGGGGGAAUGGUCUCUUGCUCUGCUGUUUUGAACGUCAAUGAUCUCAGUGUGAGAACAGUAGAUAGGCACAGUGUUUCGAGCACUGGAAUGACUCAUUCGGAGAUGGUCACCUCCCAGACCACGAGUGAAACUUAUUCUUCCAUGCAAACUUUUGAAAGUGUCUCUACGAUGAUGAUGUCCACAACAUCUGUUAAAAGCAUUGAGGUCCAACAAGUUACCUCUGUGGAAGAAUAUUCUACAAGCCCCACUCUGACCCUGAAAAUGAGUGAUGUCAUUGUCAGCCUGGGUGAUGUGGCUCAUUUCAACUGUUCCUUCAGUGGACAACCAUUUACUGAAAUUAUAUGGGAUCAUAAUGGAAGGACAAUAACAAAUACAGAAAGGGUGCAGUAUGUACAUCAAGGCGGACUCAUUUCUCUCAUCAUACUCAAUGUCCAUCUUGGGGACCAGGGAAGUUACUGCUGUACUGUUAAAAAUAGAAAUGGUGAAAAUCGAACGUCUGCACAGCUCACAGUGGAAGCUAAAGAAGCGAACCCCAAAGAGUCCCUCGUACCCUCUGAUUCUAUCAGUAAAUCUUCUAAAACUGAAAAUGAGUCAAGUAAAAAGGCCACUGACCAAGAAAAGCAGGAGUCCUUACAGAAUGUUGGAGCCCUGACAACAAAGUGGCAGAUAAGCCGACAUUACAAUCCUGAUGUUAUUCCUUUGUUGGAGCGUGACAUUUAUGAUGCAAUUCAGCCAGAGUUCCUUGUGAAACUGUCCCCAGAAUUCCUUGCCAAACAAAGAGAGAGUGUUUCUCUUUAUUAUGUAAUCAAAGGAAGCCCCUCUCCGUUCGUUGUAUGGCUACACAACCAGUUGAAUGUUGAAGAGCCAAGGUCAUACUCCUUGAAACAUGAUGGGCCCUUGUGCUGCUUAAAUGUAAAGAAUAAUGGUUCUGAGCAAGGGGGCACACAUUCUUGCAAAGUUAUCAAUGCUGCAGGAGACAAAACAUGCAGCACUCAUCUCAGAGUGAAGACAGUGUCUGUGGCUGAGGAGGCCAGCUAUGAAGAGGAAGCCAAAGUGUUUUCUACCUCGACUAUAUCAACUGAGGAGGAUUCUUGCGCAACAAGUCUUCAUCUAAAAGAAAAAAGCAAAACAUUUGAACUCCAGCCAGAGUGUAAAUUAUUUUCAGAAACAUUAGAGAAAAAGCCAGAAAAGCCAGUUUUUGUAACUAAAUUCUCAUCAGCAAUUGCAACUGUUGGAAACACAGCUAAGUUUACUGUGAUAGUUUCUGGAUUUCCUAGGCCAGUUAUUGAGUGGUAUCACAAUGGUCAAUUGAUACAGUCCUCAUCUUUUUAUACAUUUGUCCAAGAGAAGGAAGAACAUAGCCUUGUCAUAACUAACAUUACCAAAGAGUUGGAAGGAGAGUAUUCUUGCACUGCGAGCAACCAAUUUGGCAAGUCAACAUGUACAUCAUAUCUUAAUAUAAAGAUGAAGGACAUAAAGGAGCAAGAAAAGACUUUUGGGCAGCCUCCAUAUUUCAUAAAAGAAAUUGAGCAUGUGAAGUGUGCAGCCGGUAGCCAUGCUUUCUUUGAAUACACUGUAGCAGGGGUUCCACUUCCUGAUGUUCAGUGGUACAGGGGUAGCAAUCAUAUGCAGCCUAGUAAGUACUUCAUCAUUGUGAACAACACGGAUGGGUCUGGCUAUUUAAAGAUAUUAGGCAUUCAGCAAAGCGACAGUGGUUUUUACUCUUGUAGAGCUUCUAAUCCUCUUGGAGAAACCUCUUGCAGUGCAGAACUCAUUGUAUCCUUGGAGACUUCUUCUGAAGCCACUGAAUCACGUUUGUAUAGUGUCAGUCUUCCAGAACAAGUCAGGACUAGCCUUCAGCAGGGACACCAGAUGGUUUACACCACUAGCACUGAAGAUAGGCAAACUGUUACAAGUGAGCAGACCCAAACCUUGCGUGCUUUAGAGACAUCUGCAGCCACUGUGCACAUGGAGCAGGUAACUCGCCAAGCUACUGUGAUUCAAUCUCAUGAUGUGCAGGAGAGAGUAAAAGUUGCCCCUGCCCAGCCAAAGCCAGUGGUUUUAACUCCCCUGAAACAGCUGCAUAUGGCUGCAAUAACCUCUGAUGUUCAAGAAAAACGAGGCUUUACUGAGCAGCACUGUGAUCAAAUUGUUAGUCCAGAAGUACGAGAGCUUGAAUUGAGUGUUGAGGAGCCCUCAACAUUUAUGUCUGCCAUUUCAGAGAGUUCUACACCUCUUAGCAUAGUGAAAGCUGAGGAUUUGAUAAAAAGUGAAACAGAAAAGAUACAAACAACUUCAGAGCCAAAGGUUAUUGUUAGUGGUCCUCAAGUUGAAAUUAAGUUACCAAUUCUACAAGAGGAAUGCACAAAAAUUAAAAGUCCUGAAGAGGAGAAAAGCUACAGAGUUGCAGAAGGGGUUAAGUUAUUGUAUACUGCAAUAUCGACAGAGAAUGUAGCACUUACAGAAGGUCAUAUUUCAGAGCUAGCAACUGUUGAGUCCAUUGAAUGUUUAGCAGAAAAAGAACAAGUCAAACCAGUGCUUACAUCAGUCAGCGAGACUAAGCACACACUCUUAAAAGAAAACAACUUUGAAAUGCAUAGACCAGUCAAGGAAACUGCUCAGCUCUCUAAAGAACCAAUGUUAAAAUCAGCCCUGAUAACUGAAGAAAAGAACAAGCUUCAAGCUGACAAAACCACUGGAAUACCUAUCCUGGACCAUCCUUUUUCACUCCUUUCCCAAAAAGAAGAGGAUCAGGUGCUUCAUUUACAGCUUAUCAGUGAUCAAGAUACUCUUCUGUCUGAGGGCAGAUUUACUACUGAGAAGCCAGGUUUCGAGCAGGCGGAUGUCAAACAAAUGCCAAUUCUUUUGCACACAGUUUCUUCUGAUGACCAGAAAACAUUUUUUUAUGAACAGGCAACACCGUUAGCAUCCAAGGAUACCACAAUUGUUGUAAAGUCUAUAGAAGAGGUUCCUGCCCGAUUACAUCUUCACUCAGUGCAGUUGAAUACCACUUUAUGUAAAGAAGGGUUACUUUCAGUCGAAAAGCCAGAUGAACAGAAAGCCAUCCAGAGACAAGAAAAAAAACAUAAAUUGGUAGCCACUACAGAAGAACGUGUAGAACUAACUUCGGAUUAUGCCAAAGGUCUUGAUGUGAUGGUAGAAGGUCUUAAGAUUGAGCACAAAACAGAACCCAGACCCUUGAGUGUUCUUCAGGUAGUCUCACAGACUGUUCCGCUUUCGAAGGAAAGUCCUCUGGUCAGUGAAGUCAAGCCUCAUAGUGCAAUUGUGCAGAAAGAGGAUUGGUGGAAUAACAUGCAUGCAGCAUCUGUGUCAGAAUCUCAUUCAAUAGAAGAGGGUCUCACAGAGAGUUUCAAAGCAGUUGAGGAAUUCACUUGUAAGACAGAUGUAGAAACUAAAGUACCGGUUCAGUCUCUUCAUGUAGAAGAAAAAGCCAUAUCAAUAGAAACUUGUGUUUCUCUUGAGGCUGCAGAGCAAGACUUUGCAGUUCAGAUUCAAGAAGGUCAGUCUGUAAGGCAGUCAGUACUCAUGGAGGAAAAACAUACUCUGACAGGUGAAAUGUCUCAGGGAUUUACUAGAUCAGAGGCAACUAAAAUAAACAUUACAACUCAGCCACUCGAACCUCUUUUAGUAAGUGAAUCGCAGGAAAGCAAAACUCUUCCAAAGGAACUUACCUUUGUAAUUCCUGUACCAAAAUCACACAGCUUGGACAUCAAACAACAGUUGGAAAUGGCACUUCGAUGUGCUGUGGCUUGUGAGCAGUCUUUGCUUUUGGCAGAUGUAGUGAAAAAGUUAGAAGUCGUAGAAGUAAAGGAGGUCAAGGUGCGCAUGGAACCGAAAUACAUGAUGUUCACUUACCUUAUAACAACAGCUGGUCCACCCAUAGAAAUUACAAUUGCCUUCGAAGGUGAAUAUCCCCAGACAGCAACUCUUAAAAAUGAGCUUCAUGCAGCUUUCUACUCUAUGCUUACUCAGGAGAAACCCGUCUUGACCUUUGAACAGUCAAACAUCUUAAAACUUGAUAGACCUGAGAGAUUGCAGGCUAGCAAAGCUUCUCCAUAUCCAUUGUCCUCAGCAGUUUUAACAGAAAAUGUUGGAGUGUUUGCAACACCCAAAAUACAGUCUGCUGCUCUGCAAACAGAAGCUGAAGUCUCUUUCCAGUCUGCAAUGUCUCAAAAGAAAACUGCUAUCCAGGAGUCAAGGCACCAUGUGACUCAGAAGACUGUUGAAUCCAAAAUGGACAUUUAUAGUUUUGCUGAGACUGAACGCAGGGAAAUUAAAACGGUUUCAGCUGAACAUUAUGAGAGAGAGGUGUGUGUUUCAAAUAUUACAGUUGAUGCCCCUCACAGGCAAGUCACUGUGGAAGAGCCUAUGGAUGUUCUUAUUCAAGAAGACAAACGAGAGGAGGUUUUAACAGAGGACAUUUUGGCUAAGAAUUUGACCGAAAAGCUCUUUUUUGAAAUACCAUUAAAAGACAUUACUGCAGAGGAGAAUUCCAAGGUUACAUUGUCUGUGAGAGUAAAAGGUGUAAAAUGUGUAAACUGGCUUUUCAAUGGAGUAUUGAUCAAAUCUGGCAAAGAGUUCAAAUGUUUAAAGGAUCAUGACUCUUACACGCUAGUAAUCAACAAAGUUAUCAAGAUGAAACAUGAAGGUGAAUAUACCUGUGAGGCUGUGAGUGAAGCUGGCAAGAUAUCAUCAUCAUCAUCAUCAAGGCUCACUGUUGUCUCAAGAGUGCCUCCAGUUUUCAAGAAGAAGAUUUGUGACAUGCAGAGCAACAUUGGCAGCCCAGUGAAGUUUGAAUGUGAAAUUGAAGAGACACCCAAUGUGACCUUCAAGUGGUUCAAGUCUGGCUCAGAGAUUAGACAGAGUGACAAAUUCAGGAUCAUCAGCAGGCAAAGUACAUCAUCUCUAGAGAUCCUCAACCCAACAAAGGAUGAUGUUGAUGAAUACAGCUGUCGCGCUUCAAACAAGCACGGUAGUGACACCUGUUCUGCUAACCUGAACAUCACCGAAACCCCACCCAUCACAAAAGAAUUACCAAUGCUGGAUGUAGUGAAGGUGACCGGUGCUUUAUUUGGGAGUGAGCUCAUUGGUACUGUCCCGUUUGAAAUGAACUUGUUGAAGAAUAAGAGACAUGCCAAUUCUGACAAAAAUAUUUUUGAAGAUUUAAUUGAAUAUUUGGAUACACAUGCAUUUGAAAGUUCAGAUGUUGGGGAGUACCAAUGUUGCCUAUCAAACGAAGUUGGAAAAAUCACUUCAAAAUCAAUUGCUAUGAUAAGAGAUCGCAAAAUUCCACCAACUUUCACUAAGAAAUCCUCAGAGCACAUUGAGGAUGCAGAGGGAAAAUUGGUGAAGCUUGAGGGUCGAGUAUCUGGGUCACAGCCUCUAUCUGUAAGCUGGUAUAAAGAUAACAGAGAAAUUGACACUUCUGACAUCUAUGACAUUUCCUUCAAGAGCAACAUGGCUGUGAUGUGUCUCAAGAAAGCCACAGUCACAGACAGUGGCGUGUAUACAUGCAGCGCUUCUAAUGAAGCUGGCACUGCCUCCUUCCAGGUGGUGGUUAACAUCACAGAGCAAAAAAGGCCACCGACUUUUGACAUUCCCCUUAAACCAGUGACAGUGAAUGAGGGAGAAAGGCUAAACCUUACCUGCCAUGUCUCUGGGUCUUCACCAAUGACGAUUCAAUGGAUGAAGGACAGAAGGGAGGUCACUUCCUCUGCUAACACCAAGAUGAUAUUUGUGGAUGGCACAGCCACCCUGGAGAUAAACCAGACAUCCAAAACUGAUGCAGGAGAUUAUCUGUGCAAGGCAACCAACAGUGCUGGUAGUGAAUUCUCCAAGACCAAAGUCACAAUCAAAGAUAAAGCAGGUGCAGCACCAACAACAGCACCAGCAGCCCCCACAGCAGCUCAAACAGUUAAACAACUGGAUAACUUGUUCUUCAUUGAGGAGCCCAAGAGCAUUCAUGUUGUUGAGAAGGGUACAGCUACCUUCAUUGCUAAAGUUGGCGGUGAUCCCAUUCCCAAUGUGAAAUGGAUGAAGGGCAAAUGGAGGCAGAUGACUCAUGGUGGUCGCAUCAACAUUCAACAAAAAGGCCAAGAGGCCAAGUUGGAGAUCAAAGAGGUGACCAAAUCUGACUCUGGUCAGUACAGAUGUGUUGCUUCAAAUAAACAUGGAGAAAUUGAGAGCAGCACAGACUUGAAUGUUGAUGAGAAGAAAGAGUCCGGACCAGAGGUGGUCAAACUGAAGAAGACUCCAUCAAAGCAGAAAAGUCCAAAGGAAGACAAAGACAUUGACAUUGUUGAGUUGCUAAGAAAUGUAGAUCCAAAAGAGUAUGAGAAAUAUGCUCGCAUGUAUGGAAUCACAGACUUCCGGGGUCUCCUUCAAGCUAUUGAGUUUCUGAAGAAGGAGAAGGGUGAAGAAAGUGGAAGACCGGAAAGUGAACAUGGAAGAGAAUAUGAUGAGGAUUUGGCUAAGUUUGUGUCUGAUUUGCAGAGGCAAAUGGAACACAGUGAACCUGUUACCCUGCUUAAAGACAUCACAGAUCAGACAACGCAAGUUAACAAAGAGGCAGUGUUUGAGUGUGAGAUUAAAAUCAACUAUCCAGAAAUUACACUGUCUUGGUAUAAAGAUACACAGAAGCUAGAAACUAGUGAUAAAUACGACAUUAAACUCGUGGGCGACCGUCAGAUAUUGAAGAUCAAGAACUGUCAGACCAGUGACCAGGGAAAUUACCGUGUCGUUUGUGGGCCACAUAUAUCCAGUGCCAGACUGACAGUGUUGGAGAGUCAAGAUCAGGUGCAGAAACCAUCACCUGCUGAUCAAAUUCAAUUCACCAAGCGCAUUCAAAAUAUUGUGGUGAAUGAGCGUCAGUCUGCCACUUUUGAGUGUGAGUUGUCUUUUGACAAUGCGGUCGUCACCUGGUAUAAAGAUGCAUGGGAGCUUAAAGAAAGCCUGAAAUAUACCUUCAGGUGUGAGGGACGAAGGCACUUUAUGAUCAUCCGUAACGUAACAUCUGAUGAUGAAGGCGUGUACUCUGUGAUUGCGCGCCUGGAGCCUGUUGGUGAAACUAAAAGUACAGCUGAGCUUUAUCUGUCAGGAAAAGAAUUUGAAAUAAGAACACGUUCUUUUGAUGUUCCAGAUACAUCGAUACAUGUGCCAUAUGUGUCAUCUGUGAUUAGUUUUAAAGAAGAAUCCUCAGAAUUUCAUUAUGAAGAGAAGUUUGAAAUAACAGAAUCGAAGAAACCCAUUGAGGAGACUGUAACAAAACAUGUAGUGGAAAGGACAGAGGAGGUCCCUAUGAAAGUUAUGAAGCUACCAGAAGAGAAAACCGAAACAUCCUUUGUACAGCCUCCAGUUCCUGAGAAAGAACCUGAAGUCAAGAAGCCUGUUGAGGAAAAAGUCACAUCUGUCAAGGUGACAGAGCAAAAAGAACAACCUACACGCAAAGAGCCUAAACCUGAGGUGCCAGCAGAACCAAAGGCUACAGUGGCUGAACCAAAACCUGAACCUAAGCCUGAGCCAAAAGCUCUACCCAAACCUGAGCCCAAGCCUGAGCCAAAAGCUCUACCCAAACCUGAGCCAAAAGCUCUACCAAAACCUGAGCCCAAACCUGAGCCCAAGCCUGAGUCAAAAGCUACACCAAAGCCUGAGGCUGAACCUAAGCCUGCAGUUGCAAAGAAAGUUGAGGCACCUUCUGUCAAAGCACCUGAAGCUCCAAAAAAGCCAGAAGCUGCACCUCGACCAUCCUUAGAUAUUAAAAAAGAUGACGCUUUAACUCCAAAGCCAGACACUACUCAAAUAAAAGCUUUUGUGGAGAUCAAGGAAAUAGAAGCACCAAAAGUAAAGAUAGAUCGAAAACCAGAGUCUGCACGUGCUGCCGCUGAGCCACGAAAGAAAGACGUCUCUACACUACUACCAGAUGAAUCUAUCAAAGAUCAUUUGCCUGUCCACUCUGAGCCAUCAAGUGUAGAGCCAGCUAGUCAGCUUAAAACUACACAAAGCCAGCCUCCUGAACCAGUUAGAAAACAAGUAGUCACAGCUUCACCAGAAGUUAUAGUUGAACAAACAAGAAAACAACCUCCCCAAGAAGUUUUCAAAGCAGAGCCGGAGUCUUCAGCCAAAACUUCAGAGCCACCUCAAACAGAUCAAGCUAAAAAGCAAGUGCCAUCAAAGAGUGAGCCAACCCCUAAAAUCAGUGAGCCAGCACUUGCUCACAAAAAGGAGGGUCGUCCACAGAAAGUGGUUGAAGUAAAGGCUGCAGAACUGCCAUCUGAGAAAAAGCCUGUGACUAAAGCUAAAAUGGAGACUGAGAUUCCCUCAGCCAAAGUCUUUGCAGCUUCUGAGAAGAAAACUGACCAAUUUCCUCAUACAGUGGAAGUAACUCAGAAGAUUUCCAUGGAGGAAAUGUUUUUGAAGGAGGAAAUUGUGGAAGAGAGUGAAAGCGUGCCUCAUCAACCUGAGGAAAUUUUGUCUUAUCAAGAGCAUAUUAUAAGGAUGGAUAUGAGUCAUCACAGUAGAGAAUCAGCUGCUGAAGAUGUGAAGAUAAUUAAAACAGAGGUUUCCCAGAGGCCAGAACCCUCUUUUGAGCUGAAAAAAACAAAGGAGAUAUCUGAGAUGAAAUGGUCAAAACAAGAAAUGCACACUGAGAAAAAGGAAAGGAAAUUAGAUGUGUCCAAUGUUGAAACAUUUCCAGAAGCUGUGGUGGUACUUGGCAUUGAGACACCUCAGAAAAGACAAGACAUUAUGCCAGAUAAAAAGAAAACAUCUGAAGAUAUGCCUCUACAAAAGAGAGAUGACACCCAUAGAAAAGAGAUGGUCAUUCAGACAGAAAUAGAUGUUCACAAGAAAGAGUCUAUUCACUUACAGCUGUCUGUUCAUGAAAACAAGAGAUCACACGAGGAAACCCCUCAGAAAUUACCAGAGGCAACACCAAUAGUACAACCAGAAGAAAAGGGAACUAUGUUAAAGGAAGUGCGUAAAGCACUUGAAAGAGACAAGAAGACCCAGGCUGUUACAACUCCUCUGUCAAAAGUUGUUUCUCCUGCAAAAGAACCAGAAUUAGUGAAGAAACCUGAACCAGAAGUCCCAAAGCCAACUGUGGCUCCAGCUGGACAGAAAAUAUCGCCUCCAUCAAAAGAGCCAACUGUUGAAAGGAAAGCAUCACCUGAGGCACCUAAGCCAAUUGUGGCCCCAGUUGAACAGAAAAUAUUGCCUCCUUCAAAAGAACCAACUGUUGAAAAGAAACCAGUUCCUGAAGUACCAAAGCCAACUGUGGCUCCUGUACAACAGAAAAUAGUAUCUCCUACAAAAGAGCCAACUGUUGAAAAGAAACCAGUUCCUGAAGUACCAAAGCCAACUGUGGCUCCAGUAGAACAGAAAAUAGUAUCUCCUCCAAAAGAGCCAACUGUUGAAAAGAAACCAGUUCCUGAAGUACCAAAGCCAACUGCGGCUCCAGUAGAACAGAAAAUAGUAUCUCCUCCAAAAGAGCCAACUCUUGAAAAGAAACCAGUUCCUGAAGUACCAAAGCCAACUGUGGCUCCAGUAGAACAGAAAAUAGUAUCUCCUCCAAAAGAGCCAACUGUUGAAAAGAAACCAGUUCCUGAAGUACCAAAGCCAACUGCGGCUCCAGUAGAACAGAAAAUAGUAUCUCCUCCAAAAGAGCCAACUGUUAAAAAGACACCAUCUCCUGUGGCACCAGAGCCAACAGCAACUCCAAUUGAACAGAAAGUCUCUCCUCCCACAGAUGCAGAAAAGGGCCCUGUUAAAGCUCCUGGACCUGCUGGCAAAGAAACAACUAGCACCACACAAGCACUUCUUAAACAAAAGGGUAAAAUUCACGUCAAGGAAGAGGAAAAACUGGACAUGCCAACUGUAAAGAAAGUAACCAGAAGAUCAAAAGAACAUCAGGAAGAUGAUGAAGUUAUAUCACUUAAGAAAGUUGGCAAGAUUCUGUGUGAAGAACCAUCAACAGAAGAGGGACCACUUGUCCGGAAAUUUGAGAAAACUGAAAUAGGUGGAGAGGAGAUGGUGUAUUCAAAGUCUGUUACUGAAAUCAAACUCACCAGCAGCUAUGAAGUCACAGAAGAUACUUGGUCAUAUGAAACUGCUACAAAAACGGAGAAAAUAUCUAAAGGGGAGGAAAAGAAGACUGAACAAUACAAGGAUGUGAGGGAGAAGAAAGGGAUUGCUCCUGAAAUUGGUGGAAGAGAAGUAGAAAAUAAGGGUAAACAAGGAAGUAAAAUUCUAAUGGAAGAUGAACCUAAGAUACCUCUGAAAAAAGCAACUAAGUCAAUAUCAACUGAGAAAAAACAGGAAACUGUGAAAUUAAAACCUGUCGAGAAAUUAGACAAGGUUGUUGUUGAUCCCCAGAAAGACAGCAACAUAGACAGGAGCAAAGAUAGUAUUGGUGUGGAUGAGCCUGUUUCAAAGAAGGAAAUAGAUGUGACACCUACAGAUAAAAAAACUAAAGAACCCAUAAUUCCAAAACCUGUUGUGGCUAAAGAUGAACCUGAGAACUUUUCAAAGAAAGCAAAGAGAAUUCUACCACAUGAUGAGAAGCCAGAAACUGUUACUCUGAAAUCAUUUUCCAAAGAAUCUCAUGCUGAUGUAGCCGCUGACAUGGUUCCUCAAGAGCAAACUGAGAAAAAGGCUGUAGACAUUAAGCAUCCAGAGAGACCGGAAACAACACAUAUCCUGAAGGAGCCUCACAUCCAGGUAAAAGAACCAGGAAAAAGUGAAAAAACAUAUGAAGAGGUUGAAAAGAUCAAAAAGCUAGAAUCACCCCUUGAGUAUCAGCCCAUGAAGAGUACUACUUCUCCAGAGAAGACACGGGAAGGUUCCAAAGAAGAGGGGAAGGGAUUAACUAAAAAACACGGAAUUAUUCCAACAGAUAAAAUGAGAAAAGAAGAGGUAUUGUUGAAACCUGUUGAGGGAAAAAUAAUUGCGGAAAAAACUCCUUCACCAAAGGUAGAUAAACCUAGCCCUCAAGUCACUCCAGUGACUAAAAAGAGUGCAAAAGAGGAAGAUAAACCAGCAAUGGCAAAAAAAUGUGGUCUUUCACCAAAGGGAAUGGAGAGAGAAGAGGAAAUAUCAUUGAAGCCCAUAGAACCUGCAGAGCUAAAAAAGACUCCUUCACCAAAAGUGGACGUACAAAAACUUAAACCCACUGAAUCCAUUCCAAUGGAAAGAAAGUCUAGUGCAAAAUCACCCAAGAAGAUUUCACCAAAAGAUUCACUUGAGUCUGUAGUUCUGAAGAAGGUCUCAAAGACAGUCUCCCCCAAAGAAGAAAAGACUACUCAGGAGCCUCGCUUAAAAAUGACUGAAGACAAACUGCCAAUGGUAAAGGAGUUGUCUCCUAGUAUUUUGCAUCUACAAAAGAUUCCUACACAGCAAGAGGAGGUAGUAUAUGAACAAGAGCAGCAGGAGGUGGUGGAUGGUGAAGAAGAAGAAACUUGGGGAUGGGAACUUACUCCUAGGGAAAGUUAUGGAUCCGAAACCUUUGAUGAUACCUUGGAGGAUGGAGCUGUUGAAACCCCAGGAAUGGGUGACAAGAAAGAUGGAAAACCAAAGGAGGAGACCGCUCCAGGCAGAGGCAGAGGACUAAGACCAAGACAAACUCCAUCUCCUGGUGACGCUGGAAGGGGUAGAGGGCUGAAACCUGGUGGUGGAGGUGACAAGCCUCCAGGAGAUUCACCAUUUGGUUUCCAGCUCAAAGCUGUCCCCUUGAAGUUUGUGAAGGAGCUCCAAGACAUUGUGCUACAGGAGGCUGAGUCCAUUGGCUCCUCUGCUGUAUUUGAGUGCCAGAUCUCUCCAUCUACUGCCAUCACCACCUGGAUGAAAGAUGGAAGCAAUCUAAGGGAGAGUCCAAAGCACAAAUUCACAUCUGAUGGCAAAGACCGCAAACUGCAAAUCAUUGAUGUACAGCUUUCAGACACUGGGGAGUACACAUGUGUUGCAAAGCUUGGCAACAAGGAGAAGACCUCAACAGCAAAACUUGUUGUAGAAGAAUUACCUGUGAAAUUCACAAAGAAUCUGGAAGAAGAUACCUCCGUGCUUAAGGGCCAGCCAAUGUAUUUGACCUGUGAGUUGAGCAAGGACAAAGAUGUGGUCUGGAAGAAGAACGGACAAGAGAUAAAGGAAAUUCCUGGCAAAAUUCAAAUCAAUGUUAUUGGGCUACAGCGUGCCAUCACAAUCCAGGAUGCGAACGAUGAUGAUGCUGGUGUUUACACAUGCGAGUGUGAAAACAUCAAAACUCAAACUAAUGUCAAGGUUAUUGAAAUUGUUAGAGACUGGUUAGUGAAACCUUUGCGGGACCAGCAUGUGAAACCCAAGGCCACUGCUACAUUCAAAGGCGAGCUCUUCAAGGACACCCCUAACUGGAAGUGGUACAAGGGUAACGAUGAAAUCCCUAAUGAGCCUACAGAUAAGACUGAGGUGAAGAAGGAGGGUAAAGAUAUCAGUCUUACAAUUAAAAAUGCCCAGCCUGAUGACGUCGCUGAGUACGCUGUGGAAGUUGAAGGCCGCAGAUAUGCAGCAAAUCUAACACUUGGAGAGCGUGAAGCUGAGAUCUUGAAGCCUCUUGCCAGUAUGGAGGUGGUUGAGAAAACAGAGGCCAACUUUGAUACAGAAAUUUCAGAGGAUGAUGUGCCUGGAGAAUGGAAACUUCAAGGACAGGUUCUGACAAGAUCACCGACAUGUGACAUCAGAUCCGAGGGAACAAAACGAUUUCUUACUAUCAAAAAUGUUCAGCUUGAUCAAGCUGGUGAAGUUACAUACCAAGCUCUGAAUGCUGUGACAAGUGCUAUGCUCACAGUAAAAGAGCUGGAAAUGGAGUUCACAGUCAGUUUGAAGGACACUACUGUGCAUGAAAAGAAACAGGCAAAGUUUGAGUGCUCCAUCAAUAAGGAUGUGCCUAAAGUGAUUUGGUUUAAGGGUUCUGAUAUUGUUACACAAGGAAAUAAGUAUGAAAUCAUUGAUGACGGAAAGAAACACAUACUCAUUAUAAAUAACUGUGGCUUUGAGGAUGAGGGUGAAUACAGUAUUGAGGUCUUGGGCAAAUCAUCAAAAGCAAAACUGAUGGUAGAGGGUAUGAGGCUGAACUUCACCUCAACAUUAAGGGACCUAACUGUGAAGGAAGGUAAAACAGCUUUAUUUGAGUUUGAACUCUCUCAUGAGAAUGUCGCCGUGACAUGGUACAAAAAUGAAAUAAAAGUGCACCCAAGCAGAACAGUGUUCACCAGUGUGGUGGGAAGGAAACACACACUAGAAAUUAAGGAAGUAUCACUAGAUGAUACGUGCCUAAUAAAAGCAGAGGCUAAAGGAAUAUCCACAAUGGCUAAGCUGCUCGUAAUAGAGGGUGAUGCAUAUUUCGCCACCAAGUUACAAGAUUUCACCGCAGUUGAAAAAGAUGAAGUCACAUUUGACUGCGAGCUCAGUAGAGAUGUUCCUGUGAAAUGGUUCAAGAAUGAAAUUGAAAUUAAAGCCUCCAAGAUGGUGACCAUGAAAGUUGAAGGCAAACGAAGAAUCCUCAAUCUUAAGAAAGUUGAGAACAAAGACAAAGGAUUAUAUGUUUGCGACUGUGGAACAGACAAAACUUCGGCCAACUUGAACAUUGAAGCUCGUGACAUCAAAGUGGUGCGACCCAUAUAUGGCGUUGAGCUCUUUGAUGGAGAGACGGCUCGUUUUGAGGUGGAAAUCUCUGAAGAUGAUGUCCAUGGCCAAUGGAAACUGAAGGGCGAAGUCUUAUCCUCUUCACCUGAUGUUGAGAUUAUUGAGGAUGGUGCAAAACACACAUUAACACUCUACAACUGCAAAGUUUCCCAAUCUGGAGAGGUGGUCUUCCACGGAGCGAAUGCUAAGUGUUCUGCAAAUCUUAAAGUGAAAGAUUUGCCCAUUUCUUUUGUCAUGCCUUUGAACGAUGUACAAGUCUAUGAGAAAGAUGAUGCAAGAUUUGAAAUUGAACUGUCAAGAGAGGCUAAGGUCAUUCGUUGGCUAAAGGGAUCUCAGGAGUUGAAGGCUGACGAAAAGUUUGAAAUCCUCACAGAAGGGAAAAGACACAUUUUAGUGGUCAAAUCUGCUGCCUACGAGGAUGAAGCCAAGUACAUUUUUGAGGCCGAGGACAAGAGGACAUCUGCAAAACUUGUUAUUCAGGGUAUCCGUCUUGAGUUUGUCAGACCCAUUAAAGAUGUCACUGUUAAAGAGCGGGAGACUGCAGAAUUCAGGAUUGAACUCUCUCAUGAGAAGAUUCAAGUCACCUGGUACAAGAAUGAUGUGCGUUUGCAUCCAAGCAAAGUGGUGCACAUGUCCGAGGAUGGCAAGAUCCAUACUCUGUCCUUCAAAGAGGUGUCUAUUGAUGACACUUCUCUAAUUAAAGUUGAGGCUCUUGGUAAAAGCUUGGAAGCAAUGCUCACUGUGCUUGAGGGAGAAGCUUACUUCACCACCAAGUUACAGGACUACACUGCAGUUGAGAAGGAUGAGGUUGCGCUAAUAUGUGAAUUGAGUAAAUCAUCUGCUCAGGUGAAAUGGUUGAAAGACGGCAAGGAAAUCACUCCCUCUAAGAACAUCCUUUUCAAGGCUGAUGGAAAGAAACGUAUCCUGACAGUGAAGAAGGCAGAGAAAGCCAACAUUGGUGAAUAUGUGUGCGACUGCGGCUCUGACAAAACCGCUGCUAAGCUCAACAUUGAAGAACGUGAUAUUAAGAUUGUCCGUCCACUGUACAGUGUGGAGGUCACAGAAACAGAGACUGCUCGCUUUGAGACAGAAAUCUCUGAGGAGGAUGUUCAUGGUAACUGGAAACUCAAAGGAGAUGCCCUGCACCAGUCUGCCGACUGCGAAAUUAAGGAAGAAGGCACCAAGCACAUGCUUAUCCUUUACAAUGUUCACAUGGAUAUGGCUGGUGGUGUGGACUUCAGUGCUGCUAACGCUAAAUCAAGUGCUCAGCUCAGAGUUAAAGCACGCACAAUUGGCCUCCUGCGACCUCUGCGGGAUGUCACUGUCACUGCUGGAGAGACUGCUACCUUUGACUGUGAGCUCUCAUAUGAAGAUAUUCUGGUUGAAUGGUUCGUUGGCUCAACAAAGAUGGAGCCAAGUGACAGGGUGGUCACCAGAGUAGAAGGAAGACUGCAUUCUCUGACUCUGAGAGAUGUCAAGAUGACAGAGGCUGGGGAAGUGAAACUUACUGCAAAGGACUUUGUGACCCAGGCCAAACUUACUGUGAACGAGCCACCAGUUGAGUUCACCAAGCCCUUGGAGGACCAGACUGUUGAGGAGGAAGCCACAGCCAUUCUGGAGUGUGAGCUGUCCAGGGAGAAGGCUGACGUGAAGUGGUUCAGAGAUGGACAGGAAAUCCGUAAAACCAAGAAGUAUGAGAUGGUGGCUGAGGGACGCAUAAGGAGACUGAUCAUCAAGGACUGUAGCCUUGAUGAUUCCAAGACAUAUACCUGUGAUGCAAAGGAGUUCAAGACAUCUGCUUUCUUAAAUGUUGAACCUCCAUUUGUUGAAUUCACAAAGCCUCUUCAUGAUGUUGAGGUUAAGGAGAAGGAAUCUGCUAAGUUUGAAUGCGAAGUGUCCCGUGAAAGUGCCAAGGUUCGCUGGUUCAAAGAUGGAGCUGAGAUCAGAAAAGGCAAAAAGUACGAGAUUAUUGCCAAGGGAUUACAGCGUAUUCUCAUCAUCAGCAAGGCAGUAUUUGAUGAUGAAGCAGAAUAUGAAUGUGAUGCAAGGACAUCCAAAUCCUCUGGAAUGUUGACAGUUGUCGAGGAGGAAGAUAGAUUCACAAAGAACCUGUCCAAUGUUGAGGGCACAGAAACCGACAGCAUUAAGAUGAUUUGUGAGGUCUCCAAACCCAGUGCGGAGGUUACAUGGUACAAGGGUGACCAGGAGAUCCCCGAGGGUGGUAGAUAUGAAUAUGUUGCAGAUGGGAGAAAGAGAAUUCUCAUCAUACAGGACCUCCGUAUGGAUGAUGCUGGCGAGUACCAGUGCAAACUGCCUGCUUCGGAAACAAAAGGAACUCUAAAGAUCAGUGAAUUGGCAGCUGAGUUCAUUGCCAGGCCCCAAAACCAAGAGGCUGUUGAGGGUGAAAAGGCUGAGUUUGUUUGCUCAGUGUCUAAGGAAAAUUAUGAAGUCAAAUGGUUCAAAGGAGACAAAGAAAUUACAACUGAUGAUAGGUAUGAAAUUGUUGUUGACGGCAAGAGGAGGGCACUCAUUGUCAAAAACUGCGAGCUAAAAGAUGAGGGUGCAUUCACUGCACACAUUGGCUCUGUAAAGGCAUCAGCAGACUUGUUGGUGAUUGAAAAACUGAGGAUAAUCACUCCCAUCAAGGAUACCCAAGUAAAGGAAGGACAAGAGAUUGUUCUUAACUGCGAGGUGAACUCAGAGGGAGCUAAAGCCAAAUGGCUGAAGAACAAUGAGACAAUGUUUGAGAGCAGCAAGUUUGUCAUGGUUCAGAGAGACUCUGUGUUCUCUCUGAGAAUAAAAGCUGCAGAAAAGUCAGAUGAAGCCAGCUAUACCAUUACACUGACUAACCAACGCGGAGAGCAGGCCAAGUGCUCUGCUAACGUCAAUGUACUAGAGGAAGCCAUCAAGAUCAUUGAGCCACUAGAGGACUGUGAAAUAGAGGAAAAGAAGACCAUGACUUUCUCUUGCAAAGUGAACAGACCUAAUGUGACAGUCCAGUGGAUGAAGGCCGGUCAGGAGAUCACUUUCAGCAAACGCAUUCUGUAUCGUGUGGACAAGAACAAGCACACUCUGACCAUUAAAGACUGCAGCCUUGCAGACGAGGGUGAAUACAGUGUAGUUGCUGGUGCAGAUAAGUCCACAGCAGAACUGAUCAUCAGUGAGGCACCCACUGACUUCACUGCUCAGCUUAGAGACCAAACCAUUACUGAAUUUGAGGAUGCAGAGUUCACUUGCAAAUUAUCUAAGGAAAAAUCCCAUGUUAAAUGGUACAGGAACGGACGUGAAAUCAGAGAAGGACCAAGAUAUCAUAUGGAAAAAGAUGGAAAAGAAUGCAAGCUUGUAAUCAAAGAGUGCAGGCCAGAUGAUGAAUGUGAAUAUGCCUGUGGAGUGGAAGACAAAAGGACAAGGGCACGUCUCUUUGUUGAAGAGAUUCCAGUGGAAAUUGUCAGGCCACCCACAGAUGUAUUUGAGCCUCCAGGAUCAGAUAUUGUGUUUGAGGUUGAACUAAAUAAGGACAGAGUUGAGGUCAAAUGGAUGAGGAACAACAUGAUCAUUGUCCAGGGUGACAAAUACCAGAUGAUUAGUGACGGCAAAGUUCAUAGAUUGCAGGUCUGUGAGAUCAGGCCCCGUGAUCAGGGAGAAUACAGAAUUGUUGCCAAGGAGAAGGAUGCCAGAGCCAAGCUUGAGCUUGCAGCUAUUCCAAAGAUCAAGACUACAGAUCAGAACCUUGUAACAGAUGCUGGAAAGCCUUUUGUCAUGACGGUACCCUAUGAUGCUUAUCCUCGUGCUGAGGCAGAAUGGUUUUACAAUGACAUUAGCCUACCUGGGCAAAACAUUGACACAUCCAAUGAAAGGACAGAGUACAGGCUGAAGGACCCUAAGAAAUCAGACCGGGGUCGUUACAAGAUUGUCAUCAAGAACAAACAUGGAACAGGACAGGCUUUCAUUAAUCUUGAUGUCAUUGAUGUUCCGGGACCUGUGAAGAACCUGCAUGUUGUUGACACUGCUGAUGGUGAGGUCAGCCUUGCUUGGGAAGAACCUGAAAGUGAUGGUGGAAGCAAGAUCUUGGCUUAUGUGGUUGAGAGACGAGAUGUUAAACGCAAGACCUGGACAAUGGCCACAGACCGUGCUGACAUUCCAGAGUACUGUGUUGGUGGAUUGCAGAGAGACAACAUGUAUUUCUUCCGUGUAUGUGCUCGCAAUAGAGUUGGAAAUGGAGAAAUCGUUACUACUGAUGAGGCUGUUCGAGCCAAAAACAAAUUUGAUGUGCCCGAUGCACCUCAGAAGGUUAUGGUUGGAGUUGUCAAUAGGUUUGGUGCCACAGUUUCCUGGGAACCACCACUUUUUGAUGGAGGAUCUGAGAUCACAUCUUAUAUCAUUGAACUACGCGACAGAACCUCUGUGAAAUGGGAGCCUGCUAUGGUGGUCAAAGCUGAGGAUCGCACAGCUACACUCAAUGAUGUUGUUGAAAACAAGGAGUACAUCUUUAGGGUCAGAGCUGAGAACAAAGCUGGAAUUGGCCAGCCAAGCGCUGCCACAGAUCCAGUGAAGAUCAUGGAUCCCAUUGAGAGGCCAAGUCCACCUCUGAACUUCAACUACACAAAUCAGACCAAAGACUCAGUUCAGCUGUCAUGGGAAACGCCCAUCAGCAAUGGAGGCAGUAUGAUUACGGGCUACAUCAUUGAGAAGUGUGAGGACGGUUCAGAUAAGUGGCUGAGAUGUAACGCUAGGCUUUGCCCUGACCUUUACUACAGGGUUUCUGGAUUGAAGUUUGGUCAGAAGUAUCACUACAGAGUAUGUGCAGAAAAUGCUGCUGGCAUUUCUGAUCCAGCUGAUGCAAUUGGGCCACUUUUGGCUGACGAUCCUCAUGUGGGUCCCACCAUAGACCUCAGUGGGUUCAAGAAUGGUCUGGAGGUCAUUGUUCCCAAUGCUCUUGUCAUCCGAGUUCCCAUUACGGGAUAUCCUGUGCCCAAACCAAAGUGGACAUUUGGUGACAAAGAGCUCACUGCAGGUGACCGUGUUUCCAUGGUUACAAAGCCUACAUACACCGAACUGGUUGUUGCUCCAAGUGUGCGUCCAGACAAAGGAACAUACACAUUACAAUUAGAGAAUGAUGUGACAUCUGUCUCUGGAGAGAUCGAAGUCAAUGUUAUUGCAUGUCCAAGUGCACCCAAAGACUUCAAAGUUGCAGAGGUGACCAGACAUCAUGUGCAUCUAAUGUGGGAAGCACCAGAUCAUGAUGGAGGCAGCCCUGUAAGUGGGUACAAUAUUGAGAAAAGAGAGGUUUCCCGCAAGACCUGGGUCAAGGUGAUGUCAGGCGUACAGGACCUCGAGUUCACUGUCACAGAUGUCAUUGAGGGCAAGGAGUACCUGUUCAGUGUUAUUGCUUGCAACAAAUGUGGACCAGGAGAGCCAGCAUACAUUGAUGAACCCGUGAAUGUGUCCUCCCCAGCCACUGUGCCUGACCCUCCUGAGAACCUGAAAUGGAGAGACAAAUCAGCAAAGAGCAUCUUCCUGCUCUGGGAACCUCCCAGAUAUGAUGGUGGUGCUGCUGUCAAGGGCUACAUUGUUGAUAAAUGCCAGCGUGGCACUGACAAAUGGGAAGCCUGUGGAGAUCCCAUACCUGAGCUUAAGUUCCAGGUGACUGGUCUUACUGAAGGUCAGUGGUAUGCCUACCGUGUAAGGGCAGUGAACAGACUUGGAGCCAGCCGACCAUGCAAGGCUACAGAUGAGAUCCUGGCUGUGGAUCCUAAAGAGCCACCAGAAAUCCAGCUGGAUGUAAAGCUUCUAGCAGGCUUAACGGCUAGGGCUGGCACUAAGAUUGACCUGCCUGCUGAUGUGCUUGGCAAGCCGGAGCCAAGAGUAAAAUGGACAAAGGCUGACCUUGUCCUGAAACCAGAUGAUAGGAUUACCAUUGACACAAAACCUGGCCAUUCAACACUUUCCAUUGCAAACACAACCAGAUCUGACACAUCCACCUAUAUCAUUGAGGCAGUCAACACUAGUGGCCGUGCCACUGCAACUGUUGAUGUCAACAUUCUUGACAAACCUGGUCCUCCGGCUGCUUUUGAUAUUUCUGAAAUCACCAAUGAAUCCUGCUGUCUGGCCUGGAAUGCCCCCAGAGAUGAUGGUGGCUCACCAGUAACCAAUUACGUUGUGGAGAUGAGACCUACAGAUAAAGAAGAGUGGCAGAAACUGUCUGCUACAAUCAAACAAACUGCUUUCAAAGCCUCCAAACUCAUUUCUAUGAAGGAGUAUGUCUUUAAAGUAUCUGCUGAGAACCAGUAUGGCAUUGGGACACCUGCAGAGCAUGUACCUAUUGUUGCAAAGUAUUCAUUUGAUACUCCUGGGGCACCAACCAGGGUUCAGCCUUCUGAUAUCACAAAGGAUGCUGUAACUCUGACUUGGUAUGAGCCUGAUGAAGACGGUGGAAGCCCCAUCACUGGUUACUGGGUUGAGAGGUUUGAUCCGGAGACUGACAAAUGGAUUAGGUGUAACAAGCUGCCAGUUAAGGACACAUCGUACAGGGUGAAAGGUUUGCCAACAAAGAAGAAGUACAAGUUCCGUGUUUUGGCUGAGAAUCUUGCAGGACCAGGAAAGCCAAGUGCAGAGACUGACCCAGUUUUGAUUAAAGACCCAAUUGAUCCUCCUUGGGCUCCUGGGAAACCAUUCAUCAAAGACAUUGCCAAGACUUCAGCAGACCUGCUGUGGACCAGACCUGAGCAUGAUGGCGGCGCUAAGAUUGAGUCCUACAUAAUUGAGCUUCAAAAGAGCGGAACUGAGGAAUGGGUUCGUGUAGCUGAGGAUGUGCCAACAACAGAGCAUUUAUUGAAGGGUCUGAUGGAGAAGCAGGAGUAUUCUUUCAGAGUCAAGGCUGUCAAUGUUGCUGGAGAGAGUGAACCCAGUGACCCAAGUGACCCUGUUGUCUGCAAAGAGCGACUCUAUCCUCCAAAUGCCCCACGCUGGCUUGAGGUGGUUAACAUUACUAAAAUCAACUGUGACCUGAAAUGGACUGAACCAGAUAGUGAUGGUGGCUCUCCAAUUACCAACUAUGUUGUUGAGAAGAGAGACGUCAGACGCAGAGCCUGGCAGGCUGUGGAUACUACAGUGAAGGAUACCAAGUAUACUGUCACUCCACUGAAUGAAGGCUCUCUUUAUGUGUUCCGUGUUGCUGCUGAGAAUGCAGCUGGUAUAAGCGAGUUCUGUGAACUAGAGGACUCUGUUUUGGCCAAGGAUACUUUCACAACCCCUGGACCACCCUACGCUUUGACUGUUGUUGAGGUGUCCAAGAGACAUGUUGACCUGAAAUGGGAGCCACCCAGCAGUGAUGGUGGAAGACCCAUAGCCAAGUAUGUUAUCGAGAAAAAAGAGAAGGUAGGCACACGCUGGGUAAAGUCUGGAAAGACAUCUGGCCCUGAAUGCAAGUACAAGGUGACUGAUGUUGAUGAAGGCUCUGAGGUGCAGUUCCAGGUUCGUGCUGAGAAUGAAGCUGGAGUUGGUGACCCAAGUGAACCUACUGUUAUCAUGACCAUUGAGGAUCCCAUAAGUCCACCUUCUCCUCCGCUUGAAGUCAAGAUUGUUGAUGCCAGCAGAGAGCACAUCAACAUUACAUGGAAAGCUCCAGAAAAGAAUGGCGGAAAUCCAGUAACAGGCUACCAUGUUGAGCUGUCGGAAGCUGGAACUGAGAAGUGGAUGAGGAUUAAUGCUCGUCCUGUCAAAGAGCUCAGGUUUAAGGCUGAGGAAGGCAUCAUUCCUGAGAAAAAAUAUGUCCUGAGAGUUCGUGCUAUCAAUGCUGUUGGAGUCAGUGAUCCCUCUGAAAUUUCAGAUGGUGUCUUUGCCAAAGACCCUGACUGUGCACCAACCAUGGAUCUUCAGACUCAAGACAUUGUAUUUGUUGAGGGUGAGAAGAUAGACAUAAAAAUCCCAUACAGAGCAAUACCAAAACCAUCAAUGGUCUGGAAAAAGGGUGACACUGAAUUAAAAACCGAAGACAGACUGACAUUGACAUGUGAACUCAAUCGUGUUCACCUGGAGCUUCUCAAGUGUAAACACGAAGAUGCUGGUGUGUACACGGUUACUCUUGAGAACAGUCUGGGUUCAAUAACUGGCACAAUCAACGUAAAAGUGAUCGGCCUGCCUGGACAAUGUAAGGACAUUUCUUCCAGUGAGGUCACCAAGAACUCUUGCAAGAUCUCUUGGGAGCCUCCAGAAAGUGAUGGUGGUAGCCCAAUCUUGCACUAUGUUCUAGAGCGCAGGGAAGCUCAGAAGAAGACAUUUUUGCCUGUGAUGUCUGGAGACAAUGUUUUAAGUUUUGUUGUCAAAGAUCUUAUGCUUAAUGGUGAAUAUUACUUUAGAGUGAAGGCUGUUAAUAAGAUUGGUAGUGGGGAGUUUCUUGAACUCCGUAAUCCUGUCAUAACAGAAGAACAAAAACAACACCCAGACCCACCAAUUGAGGUUGAAGGACACAAUCCCACCUCAAAUUCGAUCACUGUUACUUGGAUGGCACCACCAUAUGAUGGUGGAUGCCCAAUCACAGGGUACAUUCUUGAGAAGAUUGAGAAAGAUGGUGACAGAUUUGAAAGAUGCAAUCCAAAUCUGGUACCUGGUUUCUCCUACACUGUUACUGGCUUGACGGAAGGAAAAGAAUACCAGUUCCGUGUCCGUGCAGAGAACAUUGCAGGAGCAAGUGACCCAUCUCGCAGUACACCAUUGAUUAAGGCUGCUGAUCCUGUUGAACCACCAAAAGUAUCACUCCAUGCCCGUAUUGCAUCUGGCCUCAGUAUCAAAAAGGGCGAAGAGAUUAGAUUGGAUGCUUGCAUAUCUGGAUCUCCCUACCCAACUGUUACAUGGCUCAGAAAUGAUGAGAAUGUGAGGCAGCCACCAGCUAAGAAGAAACCAGAAAUUGUGAAAAAGAAGAAAAAGAAGUCUGUUCAGCCUGAACCUGAAGAAGAAUUCCAUCCACCACUUUUAGAUCGCUUGUCAUUCGACCAGAGCAAAAGGGGUGAAACUGCUCUGAUGGUGCGUGAUGCCAUCAGAACAGACCAUGGAAUGUUCACUAUUAGAGUUGAGAAUCCCCAUGGUGUUGCAACAGCAUCGUGUGAAGUCAAUGUUCUUGAUAAGCCUGGCCCCCCUGUUAACUUUGGAUUUGAUGAGAUCAGGAACACCUCUGUUGUUAGCAUGUGGGAUGCACCUCUUGAUGAUGGUGGCAGUGAGAUUAUCAACUACAUACUGGAAAAGAAAGACAACACUACUGAUGAGAUUGGUUGGGUAACUGUGACCUCGACCCACAAGGGAUACAAUUACCCUGUAACCAAGCUUAUUGAAGGAAAGGAGUACAUCUUCAGAGUCACAGCUGAAAACAAGUUUGGCUGUGGACAUCCAUGCUACUCUGAACCACUUGUUGCAAAGAAUCAAUUUGAACCACCCGAUGCUCCCAACAUGCCAAGAAUUGGAGAGGUCACCUUCAGCACAGUUGCUCUCAGCUGGCAUGAGCCAAAGGACAAUGGUAGCCCUAUCUUGGGCUAUUGGGUUGAGAGACGUGAAGUCAACAGCAAAUAUUGGACCAGAGUGAACAACAAUCUUCUUAAUUCACUGUCGGUUAAGGCUGAGGGUCUUAUGGAAGGCCUUGUUUACGUCUUCAGGGUUUGUGCCGAAAAUCUUGCUGGCCCAGGAGAAUUCAGUCCACCAACUGACCCUCAGACUGCAAUGGAUGCAAUCUUGCCUCCUGGCCCUCCCGUACCAAAAAUCGUUGAUGUCACAAAUACAACUAUCGACAUCAGUUGGGUACCUCCAUUGUACAAUGGUGGUGGAGAAAUUCUUGGAUAUCAUGUUGAGCGCUGUCUGGUUGGAGAGAAGGACUGGGUCCGCUGUACCGAGUUUAGAUGCAAAGACCGCAAAUACACAGUGACUGGACUGACUGAGGGAGCUGAUUAUUACCUUCGUGUAUACGCUGUAAAUGAAGCAGGUCAUGGAGCACCAGGCAUGACUGAACCUGUUCAGGCCAAAGAGCCAGAAGAGGCCCCAGGGGUUGAAUUUGAUGUCUCUGUAAGGAAUGGAAUCAUUAUUAGAGCUGGAGAAACAUUGCGUCUCCCUGCUGUUGUUACUGGACGCCCUGUACCAGGAGUUAAGUGGACAAAAGAUGAUGCAGAGCCAGACAAGGAACACACAGUUAUUGAGACAGAAGGAAAAAACAGCAGUUUAACCAUCAAAAAUGCUUUGAGAACUGACCAUGGUGUAUACCAGAUCACAGGUACCAACCCCAGCGGAACCAAGUCUGCCUCCGUUAAGGUGGAUGUGAUGGAUGUUCCCGGACCAGUGGUUGAUCUUAAGACAGUUCAUGUGACCAAGAAAAUGAUUUCACUCACCUGGUCAGAUCCUCUGGAUAAUGGUGGAAGUGACAUCAUGGGCUAUGUUGUUGAAAGAAAAGAUGCGAAAAUGCACAUUUACAGACAACCCUUAGAAGUUGCUGCUUGCAAAUGUGACAUUGUUGGUCUUCUUGAUGGAGAAGAAUAUAUGUUCCGUGUACUUGCAAGGAACAAGUAUGGCCUUGGUGCUCCUGUUGAACUUGGACCUGUUUUAGCAGUGGAUCCUAAAGGAGUUCCAUCUGCCCCAGAGAAAUUACACUAUAAGGAAAGGACCAAGAGCACUAUUACUUUGACUUGGGAACCUCCUCGUAGCGAUGGUGGUUCUCCAAUCAGAGGCUACUAUAUUGAAAAGAUGAGGCAAGACAGCAAUGAAUAUGAUGUUGCCAAUCGCCAACUCUGCAAAGACCUCACCAUCACUCUGGAAAAUCUCUCUGAGAAUAUGAUGUAUGACUUCAGAGUCAAAGCUGUCAAUGAGGUUGGCGAUGGAGAACCAUCCAAACCAAUUAGUGUCAAUAUUCAGGAUGAUGAACUUAUACCAACUGUUAAGUGGUUGAAAUUCUUUAAGAGCGAUGCUAUUAUUGUCAAGAAGGGAGCAGCUAUUGAAAUUCCUGCCGAAAUUGUUGGCCUACCCUUGCCUACAUUUGAGUGGACAAAGAAUGGAGUAGUUAUCGACCAACCUACUGAGACAAUGACAUUGGAAUCAGAGGAGAUUAACAGGCAAACUAUCAAUACCAAAAUUGGUAUUCCUGAAACUGUAAGAAAAGACACAGGCAUUUACAAGUUAACUGCCACAAAUACCCGUGGAGUAGGUCAACGCACAAUCCGAGUGGAUAUCUUGGAUCGCCCAUUGCCACCAAGAAACAUUGUGGUGUCUGACAUCAAAGCUGAGUCCUGUUACCUUACCUGGGAUGCUCCAGAGGACAAUGGUGGAAGCGACCUCACUAACUACAUCAUUGAGAAGAGAGACGCCACCAAAAAGAAGUCUGACUGGGAACAGUUGACAUGCUGCAUCAUAGACAGACGUUAUGGGGUGUACAAGUUGGAGGCCUAUGGUACCUACCAGUUCCAGAUCAAAGCUGAGAACAAGUACGGGGUCAGUGAUGGUUGUGAAUCAGAAAAGGUUGUACUCAAAGAUCCAUUUGGUCUUCCUGGGCCACCCCAGAGGCCAAGGAUUAUUAGCCACACUUGCUCAUCCAUGUUGGUCACUUGGGAUCCUCCAAAAGACAAUGGUGGCUCAACCAUUCAAGGCUACUGGCUUGAAAAGAGAGAGAGAGGAGCUGUAUACUGGAGUCGUGUUAACAGAGCUCCAGUAACAAAACCAGCAGUCAGGGGCCUGGAAUACAAUGUGCUUCACCUUAUUGAGGGUUCCGAGUACCAGUUCCGUGUGAUGGCUCAGAAUGCAGCUGGCGUUGGACCUCCAAGUGAAGCAACAGAGUGUGUGUUUGCGAUUGAUCCAAGAAAACCACCAAGUCAACCACCAGCACCUGAAGUAACAGACAAAACCACAAGCAGCGUGAGUCUUUCCUGGACCCAACCAGAAAAAGAUGGAGGAAGUCCAAUAAAGGGUUACAUUGUUGAAGUUCAGGAUGAAGGUUCACUUGAGUGGAGAAGGAUCAAUACACCGGAUAAGCUGAUCCUAACCAAUUCAUACACUGUGUCAGGGCUUAAAGAGAAUAAGAAAUGCAGGUUCAGGAUUGUUGCUGUCAAUGCUGCUGGUGAAUCUGAGCCAAGUCCCAGAACUGCCGAUACCAUUGUGCAAGAUAUUCUGGAGGAACCUGUCAUUACCAUGGAGGUCACAGCUCAUGAGCUUCUCAAUUGUCGCGCUGGAACAACCAUCAAGAUUCCAGCCACCAUCUCUGGCAAACCUAUUCCGAAUGUUACAUGGGACUUUGAUGGAACUGCCCCAACAGAGAAAAAGAAUGAGCGUCAUACUUUGCCAGAGGAUUCAGAAAUAUCAUCCAGUGAAACAAAAUCAGUAGUGACAAUCCCUGAAUGUAAAUUAAACCACUCUGGGCGAUACAUCAUCACUGCCAGCAACCAGGCUGGCACUAAAAUCGUUAAAGUGCGCGUGAAUGUACUUGAUUUGCCUGGAGCUCCUAAAGAUCUCAAAAUAAGUGACAUCACACGUGGAACAUGUAGACUAAGCUGGAAGCCACCAGAGUGUGAUGGAGGUGACAGAAUCAAGAGCUACUUUGUGGAGAAAAAGACUGUUGAAGGAAAGGCUUGGACAAAGGUCAACCCAGCUUGCGCAACACAGUCCUUAGUUGUGCCAGACCUCAUUGAAGGACAAGAAUACUUGUUCCGUGUAAGAGCUGAGAAUCGCUUUGGUUUGGGACCUCAUAUCACAACCAUUCAGCGGACUAAAGCCAGAGAUCCUAUUCAUCCUCCUGAUCCUCCCACAAGAGUCAAAAUCGUUGAUGUGUCCAAGGGCAUUGUGACUCUGACAUGGAAGCCACCAAAGAAUGAUGGUGGUGCACCUGUAACUCACUACAAUGUUGAGCGUCUAUGGUGGGAUAGCAGUGGAAACCAGCAAGAGUCCUGGAGACAGUGUAACCGCCGUGAUAUUGAUACCACCACAUUCAAAGUGGAGGAUCUCCACCAGGGUGCUGAAUAUGAGUUCCGUGUUAAGGCUGUGAAUGAGGUUGGUGCCAGUAGACCAUCUUCUACAGCAGGACCCAUCAUUAUUAAGGACCAGAACAGGACACCUUUCAUUGAGCUUCCAGAAUUCAUGGAGGUUGAACAGGGUGCAGAUAUUCAUAUUGUUGCUUUGAUUAAGGGCUGUCCAUUUCCAACACUCACAUGGCAGAAGGCUCCUCCUCACAAAAGUGAAAACAAGGUUGAUGUUGAGUAUGAUGAGCACAUCAACAAACUUGUUUCUGAUGAUAGCUGCACACUGCUUAUCCAGCAGGGCAAACGCUCAGAUACUGGCCUCUACACUCUUACUGCCAGCAACAGCCUUGGCACCGUUUCCAAGGAAAUGAGGCUUAAUGUUCUAGGGCGUCCUGGGGCUCCGUCUGCACCCAUCAAAUUUGAGGAAAUUCGUGCUGAACAGAUUACGCUGUCAUGGCUGCCUCCUAAGGAUGAUGGUGGCUCCAAAAUUACAAACUACACUAUUGAGAGACGUGUUGCCAACAGGAAGUCUUGGAUACCUGUCACUAGUGAACCCAAAGAGAGAAUAUUCACGGUCGACAAACUAAUGCCAGGCCAUGAGUACAUUUUCAGGAUUAGGGCUCAAAACAAAUAUGGCGUUGGUGAUCCUCUUGAUAGUGAACCUGAAGUAGCCAGAGAUGUGUUCAUGCCACCUGGCCAAUGUGACAAGCCAACACUUUCUAGCAUCACAAUAGACUCCAUGACUGUGAAUUGGGAAGAGCCAGACUCAGAUGGAGGCACUCCAAUUACAGGCUACUGGCUUGAGCGUAAAGAAACCACAUCUAAACGCUGGAACAGAGUAACCCGUGAUCCAGUCAGGCCCAUGCCACUUGGUAUAUCACACAGAGUCACAGGGCUCAUUGAGGGAUUUCAGUAUUUGUUCCGCGUAAUAGCAAUAAAUGCAGCAGGAUGUGGACCUCCAAGUGAGCCAUCUGAUCCAACAUUUGCUAGAGAUCCAAUAGCUGCUCCUUCGCCACCAACCCCGAAAGUCACGGACUGGACUAAGACUACAGCAGACUUGGAAUGGAUUCCACCAUUGAAGGAUGGAGGUUCAAAGAUAAUAGGCUACCAUGUUGAAUACAAAGAGGAGGGCACAGAAGCAUGGGUCAAGGUUUGUUUAAGAUUUAUGUAUACCCAAAUUUGUGUAUACCUAAAUAUUUUAAUUUCAGCAAAACAUGUUCAUAAAUUCUUUAUACAUUACAAAAAAAUCUUCCUUCUGUUCCAGGCCAAAGACAGGGAAGUUAGAGGAACUAAAUUUGUGGUCACUGGACUGAAAGAGAAUGCAUUUUAUAAGUUUAGAGUUUUAGCAUUCAAUGCUGCAGGUCUGAGUGAACCAGGUGAAGUUGCUGAUGCUCUUGAAAUGAAGGACCGGAUAAUUUUGCCCGUCCUUGAGCUGGACAUUUCAGUAAAGGAGAAGAUGGUUAUUCAUGCAGGAGGUGUUAUUCGUAUCAUCGCGUAUGUGUCAGGCCAACCUCCACCUGUGAUAACAUGGAGCAGAGAUGGGUUUCCAGUCCCAUCAGAAGCUGUUAUUGAAACCACAUCAAUCAGCUGUUCCAUGGUAAUUAAAGAUUGCACUAGGGCACAACGAGGUGUUUAUACAAUAACAGCCAAGAAUGAUGGAGGAGAAGUGAAGAAGUCUGUUAUUGUUGAUGUUCUUGAUAUCCCUGGUCCAGUGGGGGCACCAUUUACAGCAGAAAACCUUACAAGUGAUUCAUGCAAACUGAACUGGUUUUUCCCUGAUGAUGAUGGUGGAUCUGCCAUCUCCAACUACAUAAUUGAGAAACGUGAAGCUGAUCGCAAGGCUUGGACAUCUUGCUCCUAUACAGCUGGCAGACAAAAUGCUACAGUAAAUAAUCUGGUGCUUAGAAAGGAAUAUUUUUUCAGAGUUGCAGCUGAAAAUGCAAUUGGAGUAGGUCCUUUCUGCCAAACAGCAUGUGAAAUUGUGAUUAAAGAUCGUAUUAAUGUUCCAGACCGUCCAGAAGAUCUUGAGGUGACUGCCAUCACCAAAGACUAUAUCAGUGUGUCUUGGAAGCCACCUAAGUAUGAUGGAGGGUCUGAAGUGAUAUUCUACAUUCUUGAGGCUCGCAUGAUCGGCAAAGACAAGUUUGUCAGACUGACCAAAGAAACACUGAUGGAUAGGAAAUACACUUACGAUGGUCUUCGUGAAGGCGACACAUAUGAAUUCCGUGUCAGUGCAGUGAAUGAAGUUGGUCCAGGCAAACCAUCCUUCUCCACUAAGCCAAUUACAUGUAAAGAUGAACUUGAGCCCCCUACAAUUGAGCUGGACUUCCGUGAUAAGGUUGUUGUUCGUGUUGGUGACAGCUUUGCACUCCAGGGACGGUAUACUGGAAAACCAGCACCAUCUGUCACCUGGUCAAGAGAUGACAAGGAACUAAAAGCAGAUGACCACAUCAAGUUCAAAAACACUACUACCACAAUGUGCCUGGGUAUCAUUAAAGCUCAGCGUGGACACAGUGGCAAAUACUGUGUGACAGUUGAAAACUGUACUGGUGCUCGUAAAGGCAUUUGUAAUGUCAUAGUUGCAGAUCGACCAUUGCCCCCAGAGGGCCCAGUUGUUUUUGAGGAAGUUCACAGAGAUCAUAUGGUUAUUUCCUGGAAGCCCCCUCUUGAUAAUGGUGGAUGGGAAAUUUCUAACUACAUCAUUGAGAAGAGAGAUGUAAACAGGGACAUGUGGACAACUGUAACAUCUGCCACUACAAAAACCCUCUGCAAAGUACCUAAACUUGUAGAGGGUCGUGAAUACAUCAUGAGAAUUAGUGCUGAGAACAUGUAUGGCAUAAGUGACCCACUGGAAUCAGAGGAGAUGAAAGCUAAAGAUCUAUUCAGGGUACCUGAGGCACCUGAGCCACCCAUUGUAAAAGACGUCUUCCAUGAUUCAGCACUGGUAAUUUGGAACCGUCCUCGUGAUGGUGGGAAGCCCAUCACAAACUACAUAUUGGAGAGGAAGGAGCCCUCAGCUAAGAGAUGGUCUCGUGCAACCAGAGAUCCAAUCUACCCUGCUACACAGUAUAGGGUACAAGACCUUGUUGAAGGCUGUGAAUAUGAAUUCCGUGUAAUGGCAGAGAAUGAAAUUGGCACUGGAGAUCCUAGCCUUCCCAGUAAACCUAUUCUUGCUAAGGAUCCCAUUGUUCAGCCAAGCCCGCCUGUUUUGCCUGAAGCUGUUGACAAGACUAAAGAUUCUGUAAGUCUGUCAUGGCGUGUUCCUCGCCAUGAUGGUAAAGGAAAAAUAUUUGGUUACUUGAUUGAGUAUCAGAAGCCCGGUGCAAUCGAAUGGAUCCAGGCAAAUGAAACUCCUGAAUCAUGCCCAGACACCAAGUUUGUUGUGACAAAUCUACCAGAUGGUGGAGAGUUUCUAUUCAGAAUUAUGGCUGUGAAUGCAGCUGGAAAAUCUGAGCCUGCUUAUGUCAAGGAACCAGUGAAGGUUCAUGACAGACUUGAGGAGCCAGAGUUGCUGUUAGAUGCCAAUAUGGCACGUGACCACCUUGCCAUGGUUGGGACAGACAUCACACUUAGUGCCAAAUUUAAGGGCAUGCCAAUUCCCACUGUCUCUUGGAAAAAGAAUGAUGGUGAAGUUCCUGCUCAUUGUCUUAUUGAGGUCACAGCAAGUGGAAGCAAACUUCACAUUAAGAAGUGUACCCGUGCUGACUGUGGCAAUUAUACCAUCACUGUUCAAAAUGCAGCUGGAACGAAAUCUGCUACAUGCACUGUUCUUACUCUUGAUAAACCUGGACCACCAAGGAAUUUUAAAAUCUCUGAAGUCACAAGUGAGUCAGCUUACCUGACAUGGCAAAAGCCAGAAGAUGAUGGUGGUGCCGUGAUCUCCCACUAUGUUGUGCAAAAGAAAGACGUAGCAGCUGAGAACUGGGUUCCAGUUUGUGCUGCAUCUAAAAAGCUUAGCCUUAUGGCUCAAUAUCUGAUGGAGGGAAUUCAGUAUCUCUUCAGAGUUGCAGCUGAGAAUCAGUUUGGCAGGAGUGCAUUUGUUGAAACCACCAAGCCCAUCAAGGCAGUUGAUCCACUUUAUCCUCCUGGUCCACCCAAGAAUCUGCAUCAUGUGGAUGCAGACAAAACUGAAGUAUGGCUUCAAUGGGAGUGGCCUGAUCGCACAGGUGGAAGUGAGAUCACCGGAUUCAUUGUUGAGCAUCAAGAAGAAGGUUCCACCGACUGGGUGACCUUCAAGACUGUCAGCAAUCCUCAGUGCCAUGUUACUGGACUUGUGGAGGGCAAAACAUACAGAUUCCGUGUAAAAUCACAAAAUGCAAUUGGCAUUAGCCGACCAGACACCAGUGUGCCAAUUACUUGCCAGGAAAAAACCUUGGCUCCAACUAUUGAAGUUGAUGUGAAGCUUAUUGAAGGUCUUGUUGUGAAAGCUGGCAGUACAAUCGUCCUCCCAGCGGUCAUGCAAGGAAUUCCAACUCCAACAGCCAAGUGGCAAAGUGAAGGAAAUGAGCUUAAAACUGAGGGCAAAUUUAAGAUCGUUACUGAAGGAAAUUCAACUGUCUUGACUAUUAGUGAAUGUGUCAGAUCUGACAGCGGAGAGUAUGCUCUUACUGUGGCAAACCCUGCUGGAAGCAAGUCUGUUGCUCUACAUGUUACAAUCCUUGAUGUUCCAUCUGCUCCAGUUGGUCCCAUAAAUAUCCUUGAGGUUACCCCUGAUCAUAUGAUAAUCCAGUGGCGUGCACCAAAAGAUGAUGGUGGCACACCUUUGAUGAACUAUAUUGUAGAGAAGAAGGAUGUCAAGAAGCCUUGGGAGCCGUGGUCAGUUGUGAGUUCAGGAAGCACAAGCACGAAGGCCAAAAUCCCACGUUUGGAGAAGGGACGUGAAUAUAUUGUACGUGUACGUGCUGAGAAUAAAAUUGGCUUUGGUGCUGGCCUUGAAAGUCCUCCCACUAUUGCCAAGCAUAUGUUUGAUCCACCAGGUCCUCCUGGCCAACCAACAUGUUCUGACAUAACAGAAAAUGCUGUAACAGUGUCAUGGACUGAACCAGAAACUGAUGGUGGAAGCCCUGUGAGUGGCUACAUUGUUGAGCGCAGGGAGAUGACUGGUAAAUGGAUUCGUGUCAAUAAAACACCUGUCUUGGAUGUAAGAUACAGGGCCUGUGGUUUGUUUGAGGGCAAUAGCUAUGAAUUCAGAAUCUUUGCUGAAAAUGUUGCUGGUGUAAGUGAGCCUUCAUAUCCAUCAGACCCAGUGAAAGCUAAACGUCCAAUUACUCCUCCGGGGCCUCCAAGUAACAUUAAGCUGAAGGACUGGAGCAAGUCAUAUGCAGAUUUGGUAUGGACCAAACCUUCCAGAGAUGGUGGCAGCCCCAUCCUAGGCUAUGUUGUUGAAUGCCAGAAAUCAGGUUCUGCACAAUGGGAUAGAAUAAACAAGGAUCUAAUCAAGUUUUGUGUAUUUAGAGUGCCUGGACUUAGUGAAGGCAUAGAGUACAGAUUUCGUAUUAGAGCCUCAAACAAGGUUGGAGAUGGUGAGCCAAGAGAACUCACAGAAACUGUGCUUGCCAAAGACAUUCUUGUUCCCCCUGAUGUAACUGUUGAUGUUGCUUGCCGUGACCUCCUAACAGUUAGAGCAGGGCAAAUCAUCAACCUUGUAACCCGUGUUAAGGGCAGACCGGACCCUGAAAUCACUUGGACUAAAGAUGCAAGAGUUUUAGGGAGAGAUAAACGCACUGAGAUGAACAAUAACUUCCCUCUUGUUGAGCUGGUAAUUCAGGAAGCUGUUAGAGCUGAUUAUGGAAAAUAUGCAAUUCAAGCAAAGAAUAGCAGUGGUCAAGCACAAGCUACAAUUAUUGUCAAUGUACUUGAUAUUCCAGGAGCCUGUCAGAAUUUGAAGGUUGCUUAUGUGACUAAAGACUCGUGUAUGUUUUCUUGGGAAAAUCCAGAGGAUAACGGUGGGACUGAAAUUACUAAUUAUAUAAUUGAGUGCAGACAACCAAGUCAAAGAGGAUGGACAGUUGUUUCUUCUGACUGCACCAAACGACUUUUCAAAGCUCCACUUGUUGAGAAUUGUGAAUAUUUCUUCCGUGUGAGUGCAGAGAAUAAAAUUGGUGCUGGUCCAUCAACAGAAACAAAAGCACCAGUCCUUGCAGUUGAUCCAGUUGAGAAACCUGGUGAGCCAGAGAACUUCCAAAUCGCUGAAAUCGGCAAGACAUUUGUCUUUCUCAAGUGGAAGAAACCAGAAUACGAUGGUGGUAGUCGUAACCUUGCUUACCAUAUUGAAAAGAAGCCUAAAGAAGCAGAUGAAUGGGAACGAUUACACAAAGGUGCUAUAAAGGAAACCUAUUUCAUGGCUGACAGAUGCAUUGAGAACCAAAUUUAUCAAUUUAGAGUUCAAACAAAGAAUGAGGGAGGAGAGAGUAACUGGGUGACAACAGCUGAAGUUCUUGUAAAGGAGGAACUUGUACAGCCAGAGCUCAAAGUCAAACUGGUGGGUGUUCUUGUUGUUAAAGCUGGAGAUGCCAUUCCAAUUGAGGCAGACCUUAUAGGUAAACCUCAGCCUGAUGUAAAAUGGUCUAAAGAAGGUGAAACUGCAGAUAUCACCAAAAACCCAAGGGUACAAGUUGAAACUGGCACUAACUUCACAAAAUUCCUGCUCACAAAUUCAAGGCGUGGAGAUACAGGAAAAUACAUCAUUACUGCAACAAAUACUGCUGGAACCUGCUCUGCUGAGGCCAAGGUGAAUGUUCUUGACAGACCAGGUCCUAUUAGAGACCUGAAAGUGUCAGACAUUUCUGUGGACAGAUGUAAGCUUACAUGGGAGAUACCAGAAGAUGAUGGUGGUUGUGAGAUCUAUAACUACAUCAUAGAAAAAUGUGAGACAAAGAGAGGGGUAUGGUCAAUUCAUUCAGCAGCUAUUAUUACCAAUUCAGCUAAAGUUACUCGCCUUAUCGAAGGAAAUGAAUACAUCUUCCGAGUGAGAGCUGAGAACAAGAUGGGUACUGGCCCUGCUGUUGAAACUGAGUCCAUUGUUGCAAGAACCCAAUUCAGCAGACCAGGUGCACCUGAUGCUCCAGAAGUUACCAAAAUUGCAAAAGAUGAAAUGGUUGUUAUGUGGUGCUCUCCUGAAAAUGAUGGUGGAAAACCUAUAACCGGUUAUAUUCUUGAGAAAAAAGAAGAGCAUGCCAUUCGGUGGGCCCCUGUUGUUAAGUCCCCAAUUGCAGGGACACAGAUGACUGUUACAGGUUUACUGCCUAAUCAUGAAUACCAGUUCCGUGUCAGGGCUGAAAAUGAAAUUGGAGUUGGAAAUGCAAGCAAGGCAUCCAGAUCAUUCACUGCAAGAGAUCCAGUUGAGCCUCCUGGUCCUGUUAGUAACUUAAAGGUGGCUGACAGCUCAAAGACAUCAAUUACUCUUGCAUGGACAAAGCCUACAUAUGAUGGAGGUGCUCCUCUUAUUGGAUAUGUCGUUGAGCUAAGAGUCAAGGGAACAGGCAAGAAGGGAGAUGAAGGCUGGAAAAGGUGCAAUGUUGCUGCCCAGUUGAUCGGAACAGAAUUCACAGUCUCAAGCCUGGAUGAGAAGCUUGAAUAUGAAUUCCGUGUUUCUGCCCAAAAUCAGGUUGGCUUGAGUCAGCCAACUAAUCUUGGGGAAGCUGUGACACCAAGAGAAGUCUUGGAGGCCCCUGAGAUUGAUUUGGAUGCAGAACUGAAGAAAGGUGUGACUGUUAGAGCUGGCUGCCCAAUUAGAUUAGUUGCCACAAUCAGAGGCAGACCCGCUCCCAAGGUCUUAUGGAGAAGAAUGGGAAAAGAUAAUGUUGUUCAGAAGGGCCAUGUUGAUCUCAUUGACACUAUGACAUUCCUUGUUAUCUCUGAAACCACUCGUGAUGAUUCAGGCAAAUAUUCAUUGACUGUAUCCAGUCCAGCUGGAGAGAAGGCAGUGUUUGUGAAUGUCAAAGUACUUGAUACACCUGGACCUGUUGUUGGUCUUGAAGUUGCUGACAUCACAACGUCAUCUUGCAACCUCACAUGGUCUCCACCUGAAAAUGAUGGUGGCAGUAGCAUCACUCAUUACAUUGUUGAAAAACGAGAAAUUGAUCGCAAGACUUGGGCAACAGUGAAAGCUAAUGUUGAUAACACCACGUUUAAAGUUACCAAUCUCGUCCCAGGAACAGAGUAUUACUUCAGGGUCAUUGCUGUAAAUGAGUAUGGUUCUGGGGUCCCAAGGGUUACAGCAAAAUCCUAUCUGGCCUCUGAUCCUAUCAGCAAGCCUGACCCACCACAAAAGGUUGAUGUUCUGGAGAUUACCAAGAACAGUGCAACUGUGGGAUGGGUGAAACCAAUGCGUGAUGGUGGGGCUAAAAUUGAUGGCUACAUUAUUGAUUAUCUUGAGCUUCCAAUGCCUAAACCUCCCAAGAUACCAGUGGUGGCUGAAGGUGAGGCUGAGCCUGGUGUAGAGCCGGUGGCUCCACCCCCACCUGAACCUGUGGUGGAGGAAGAGAAGGAGGAGAAAAAGGAGGAAUGGACGCCGUACACGGUCGUAAAAGAUUUAAGCAUCUCUGUUGCUGGAUUAAAGGAGGGAAGAAAAUAUCGCUUCAGAGUGGCAGCAAGAAAUGCCAUGGGAUCCAGUCUUCCCACAGAGACCAGAGAAGCUUAUGAGAUCAAGGAGCAGAUGUUGGAGCCCAAAAUAAUCAUGCCUGAGCUUGUCACUGCAAAGGCAGGAGCAAAACUGAGGGUUGAGGCUCUUGUAUCUGGAAAGCCAGCACCAGCAUGCCAAUGGAAACGGGGAGAAAAUAAUGUAGUCUCAUCAAGCCGUCUUGCUGUGCACAAAUCUCAGAACAUGUGUGUGCUCAUCAUUAAGGAUGUUUCAAGACAAGACAGUGGUGAAUACAGCCUUGUUGCUGAGAACAGCACUGGAAAAGUUGACCAGACUUUGAAAAUCAUCAUCAGAGAUAUUCCUGGACCACCUGAGCCACCAUUUGAGAUCAGUGACAUAGAUUCCGAUGCCUGCACACUCUCUUGGAACAAACCAAUUGAAGAUGGUGGUAGCAAUAUCACUAAUUAUGUGGUUGAGAAAUGUGAUGUAAGCAGAGGUGACUGGGUUACUGCUCUUUCCAGCUGUGGCAAAGCUGGAUGCAGAAUCGGAAAGCUUAUUCCUGGAAAGGAAUAUGUUUUCCGUGUUCGUGCUGAGAACAGAUUUGGUAUUUCAGACCCCCUUACAUCUGAAAGGAUGGUUGCUAAGUUCCCCUUCGAUGUUCCUGGUGAACCUUUGAACUGCCGCAUCAACAAGGUGAACAAGGACUGCAUGUUUGUGGCAUGGGAUAAGCCUGAGUCUGAUGGUGGCAGUCCAGUUACUGGAUACUACAUUGAACGCAAAGAGAGGAACAGUCUCCUUUGGGUUAAGGCUAAUGAUUCUGUUGUUCGCACAACUGAAUAUCCUUGUGCUGGCCUAAUUGAGGGUUUGGAAUACACUUUCAGAGUGUCUGCUAUAAACCGAGCUGGUCAGGGCAAACCAAGCAAGAAAACUGAUUUUAUAACAGCAAGAACACCUGUUGAUGCUCCUGGAAAACCAGAGGUGCUUGACAUGGCUAAGAACUCAGUUACAUUGGUUUGGACCAAACCAAAGAAUGAUGGUGGAAGCAAGAUAAUUGGAUAUUAUGUUGAAGCGAUGAGGCUUCCAGGAGACACUUGGGUGCGUUGCAAUACAAGUAGUCAAAAUGUGCCUCGCGAGGAGUACACUGCAGCUGGGUUAGAAGAGGGUGCUAAAUACCAGUUUAGGGUAAUUGCCAAGACCGCAGUUAACAUUAGCAGGCCGUCUGAAAUCACUGACCCCAUUCUGGUGUCUGCAGAAAAUGUACCACCAAGAAUAGAGCUUUCAAUACAGAUGAAAAAGAUGUUGCCAGUAAAGGCUGGAUCAGAUGUUUGCCUUGAAGCUGAAGUUUUUGGCAAACCAAUGCCCAAGGUUACAUGGAGCAAGAAUGGAGAAGUGUUGAAAGCUGACAAAGAAUUCAAGAUGUCUCAAAAGAGACACCUCUUUUCUCUGAGCCUUGAUGCAGUUACUAAACUUCAUACAGGGAGUUAUGGAAUUCUUGCAGUAAAUGCAAGUGGUUCUACAACUGCAGAAAUACAACUCAAAGUUUUAGAUAUACCUGGCCCACCAGCCUCUAUGAAGUUUGAUGAGGUACUUUCAGAGAAGAUCAAGUUGAGCUGGGAGGCUCCACUUGCAGAUGGUGGUUCUCCAAUUACAAAUUAUGUUGUUGAUAAACGUGAGACAAGCAGGGCUAACUGGGCCCAAGUUUCUGCUAAAAUCAGUGGUGAUACAAAAGAAUGUUUAGUGGAGAGACUGAUUGAGGGCCACGAAUAUCAGUUCCGCAUUCGUGCCGAGAACCGCUAUGGUACUGGUGAUGGCAUCGUAUCGGUCCCUGUUUUUGCAAGGAAUCCUUUCACUGUUCCUGGAGCAUGUGACCCACCGGUCCUUACAAACAUCACAAAGGAGCGUAUGACUGUAAGCUGGAAGGAACCAUCUGAUGAUGGAAAAUCCCCUAUCCUUGGAUACAUGGUUGAGAAACGUGAGACCAAGGAAAUUAACUGGACCAAACUGAACAGAAAACCCUUGCUGGAGAGAACACUUGAGGUUGGAGGUCUCUCUGAGGGAGCUCAGUAUGAGUUUAGAGUCAUUGCUGUUAAUAAAGCUGGCCUUGGAAAACCCAGUGAACCAUCUAAUGCCACCUCUGCUCUUGAUCCUUUGUAUCCUCCAGGCCCACCCAUUUCUCCUAAAGUUAUAGACACGACUAGCAGCACAAUUAGACUAACUUGGACUAAGCCUGCAAAUGAUGGUGGUAGUGAAAUUUUGGGAUACCUUGUCGAAUGCAAGAGAACUAAUACAACAGACUGGAUAAGAUGCAACGUACCCAAGAACCUUCAGGAUACAUAUUAUGUUGUGACUGGACUCUUAGAGAACUCAGAGUACCAACUUCGUGUUACUGCUGUAAAUAAAGUUGGAUUCAGCCAGCCUUGUGAAGUUCCUGAAAAACAUGUUGCCAAGGAUGUUUUUGCUGCUCCUGAGGCUGAGCUUGACGCAGAGCUGAAGGAUACUGUGGUGCUCACGGCUGGCAGUAAAAUGAAACUUCAUGCAACAAUUAAGGGUCGACCAAUCCCAAGGGUGACCUGGGCCAAGAUGAACACCAACAUUAAGGACAGACAUGGAAUCAUAAUCAAGACAACAGACACUGAUACAUUGGUUUAUGUUGAUAAAGUCAGUAGAUAUGAUGCAGGGAAAUACAUUCUGAAUCUUGACAGUGUAAGCGGAAUGAAGAUGUACACUGUUAUCGUCAAGGUCCUUGAUACUCCCGGACCUCCACUGAAUCUGAUGGUAAAAGAGUCAUCAAAGGACAGUGCCUCCAUCCUAUGGGAUGCACCUCUAAUUGAUGGUGGAAGUGAGAUUACAGGUUACAUUGUUGACAAAAGAGAUGCAGAAAGGAAAGCGUGGUCGAAUGUUUCAACCACUUGCACUAAAACAUCUUUCAAGAUCGAUGGUUUAGAAGCUGGAAGAUCUUAUUGUUUCAGGGUUCUGGCUCAAAAUCAGUAUGGCAUUGGUGAGCCAUGUGAAACUGUGGAUGCUGUUAGAGCUUCUGAACAACCUGGACCAGUUAUGGACUUCAAGACCUUGCUGGUAACCAAGGACUCUUGUACACUUUCCUGGAAAAAGCCCAUCAGUGAUGGAGGAAGCCGCAUAAUUGCAUAUGUGCUUGAGGUCCUUAAUGGUGAAGACAAAUGGAAGGAGCUUCUUAGAUCAAAGAACAUGCAAUAUAGUGCAAAGGAUCUUAUUGAAGGAAGGGAAUACAAAUACAGAGUUAAAGCAACAAAUGAUUCUGGUGAUGGUCCUGUGAAAGAACUCUCUGUGAUUGCUAAAGAUGUCAAUGUUUCUCCAAGCUGUGACUUGCGAGAGUUGCCUAACUUGAACUAUAUUGCAAAAGAAGGAAGCACCGUUCGUCUCAAGAUUCCAAUUAGUGGAAAGCCUGUCCCUGUUGUCACAUGGAAGAAGGGAGAGGAUGAAAAUCUCACAGACACAGGAAGAGUGUGUGUAGAAUCAACGGCAGUAAAUACAACUCUUAUGAUACGUGACUGCCAAAGGACAGAUGCCUCAAAAUACACCAUCACUCUUCGCAAUGCUGCUGGAACAAAAGAGUCCACAAUUUUUGUCAGAGUUGUUGGCAAACCAGGAAUUCCAGCUGCACCAGUAAAGUUCAAGGAAGUGACUGCAGAUGGUGCAACCUUAAAAUGGGGUGUUCCUAAAGAUGAUGGUGGAUCAGAAAUUACCAACUACAUUCUUGAGAAACGUGAUUCCAUUACUAACAUGUGGGUUACUGUGUCUUCAUCUGUGGACACAAACACUUUCAGAGUGUCUGGUCUCCAUGAGGGAACUGAGUACAUCUUUAGGGUUAGUGCAGAAAACAAAUAUGGAAUUGGUGAGGGCCUCAAAUCAGAGCCUAUGGUUGCCAAGCAUCCAUUCAAUGUUCCAGAUUCACCUCCACCCCCUCAAGUCAUGAGUAUGUGUCAUGAUUCGGCAACACUUACAUGGUUUGAUCCAAGGAAAACCGGAGGCUCACCAAUCACAGGUUAUCAUGUUGAAUUCAAGGAAAGAAACAGCAUGUUAUGGAAAAGAGCAAACCCAGCUGCUUUGAAGAUGAGAGAUUUCAAAGUGACAGGCUUAAGAGAGGGUCUAGAAUAUGAGUUCAGAGUUAUGGCUAUUAAUCUGGCUGGUGUUGGUAGACCAAGUCCUGCCACUGAGCCAAUGGUUGCCUUGGAUGCAAUUGAUGCACCUGGCAAACCCGAUGUGAUUAGCAUCACUAGAAGCACUGUAACACUUCAGUGGACUGAGCCUCAAUAUGAUGGUGGACACAGGCUUACAGGCUACAUUGUUGAGAGACGUGAUCUCCCAGCCAAGGCCUGGGUAAAGGCUAAUACAAUAAAUGUUGUGGACUGUGCAUAUACUGUAGCAGACUUGCAGGAGGGUUGCAAGUAUGAAUUUAGAAUCAGGGCAAAGAAUGCAGCGGGAGCAAUAAGUCCACCCUCUGAACAAACUGAUACCCUUGUGUGCAUGGAUGAAUAUGCGGCACCAACCAUUAUAAUUGAUCCAACAGUCAAGGAGGGGCUAACUGUCAAAGCUGGAGAUACUAUUGUAAUUACUGCAACAAGCAUUCUGGGUAAACCUCAGCCAACCUCUUUGUGGUCAAAGGGUGGAAAGUAUUUCAAACCAUCAGAUGUGUGCCAAAUAGAAACUACACCUUCUUCUUCUACUCUUUCAAUCAAGUAUGCAAGUAGGAAGGAUUCAGGAGAGUACACAAUUACAGCAAGUAACCCAUUUGGUGUGAAAGAAGAAAAUGUGAAAGUAACAAUUUUAGAUGUUCCUGGUCCACCAGGGCCAGUUGAAGCAAGUGGAAUUUCAUCUGAAAAGGUCACUUUGACAUGGACACCACCUCACGAGGAUGGGGGAUCUCCAAUUAAAUACUAUACUUUGGAGAAAAGAGAAACAAGCCGUCUCCUUUGGACCAUUCUUGCUGAAAAGGUUAUUGACUGCCACUUUGUUGCCAAUAAGCUUAUAAAGGGAAAUGAGUACAUCUUCAGAGUUUCUGCUGUCAACAGUUCUGGAGCUGGUGAUGCUUCUCAUUCUGAACCAGUGAAAAUGGUGGAUAGCUAUGGUCCCCCUGGUCCGCCAGCUAAACCAGAAGUUGAAAAUGUUGGAGGAAAUUCUGUUACCAUUGCUUGGAAAAGACCAGCUGAUGAUGGUGGAAGUGAUAUAAUAGGCUACAUGGUUGAGAGGAAAGAAAAGAAGGGCAUGAGAUGGAUGCGAGCAUCAAAGAAAACAAUUGCUGAACUCCACUUUGAAGUGAAAGGGCUAAAAGAGGGAGUUGAAUAUGAAUUCAGAGUAACUGCUGAGAAUAAGGCUGGUUUUGGUGAGCCAAGUGAACCUUCAAUCCCAGUGAGGACAAAGCUUGUUGCAGAUGUACCUAGUCCUCCAGUCAACCCAAGAGUCACUGACACAACAAAAACCACAGCUGAAUUGCACUGGGGCAAACCACUUAGUGAUGGUGGCAUGGAAGUCACAGGAUACCUUGUUGAGCACAAAAAGGAGGGAGAAGAAGAAUGGGUGAAAGAUACAGCUACGCCUUUGAGGAUCACUGAGUUUGUUGUCCCCAAUUUGCAAGCUGGAGCGAAGUAUCAUUUCAGAAUUUGUGCAAUGAAUGCAAUGGGUGUUAGUGAACCAGCACAAACAGAGGAUCUUUUUGAAAUUGUGGAACGUGAAGAAAUCCCUGAUUUAGAACUAGAUGUAGAACUCAGAAGAACGUUAGUUGUUAGGGCUGGUGCCUCUAUUCGUAUAUUUAUUCCUAUUAAAGGACGCCCAACCCCUACAAUGACUUGGACAAAAGAGGACUCACCAUUGAAAACUCACGCAAUCAUCGACAAUACUGAAUCCUAUACCCUGUUGGUCAUUCCCGACUGUAAUAGACGCGAUGCAGGGAAAUAUGAUUUAACAUUAGAGAAUGCUGCUGGAAAGAAGACUGCUUCUGUGGUUGUAAGGGUUUUGGACUCCCCUGGUCCUCCUCUUAAUCUGAAACCCAAAGCAAUCAACAAAGAGAGCAUCACAUUGGAAUGGGAAAUGCCUCUUAUUGAUGGAGGUGCUAAAAUUACUAAUUACAUUAUUGAGAAAAGAGAGUCUACUCGCAAGGCAUAUGCUGCUGUGAUCACACAAUGUGAUACAUGCUCCAUCAGAGUUCCUGAUCUGGCAGAGGGUUUGGAAUAUUAUUUCAGAGUUUCUGCUGAAAAUGAGUAUGGCAUUGGUGAAGCAGUUGAAACCCCAGACCCAAUAAGAGUAUCUCAAGCACCAACUCCACCAGAAAAUAUCACUUUUACUGAUGUCACAAAGAACUCAGUUAGUAUCGCAUGGACUAAACCAAAACAUGAUGGUGGAAGUAGGGUUAGUGGGUAUGUAAUUGAAGCACAAAAGAAAGGAACAGACCAGUGGGCCCAUGUGACAACUGUGAAAACUUUGGACUUUACUGUAAAAAAUCUUAAUGAAAAUGAAGAGUACAUAUUCCGUAUAAUGGCAGUGAACAGUUCUGGGCGAAGUCAUCCUCGUGUAAGCAAGCCUGUAGUUAUCAAAGAACAAAGUUCAGAACCAGAAUUUGAUCUCCGUGGUGUGUGUCAGAAGACAGUUAUUGUCAAGGCUGGCGAUAAUAUAAAGGUUGAGGUGCCCAUUUCUGGACGUCCUAAGCCUACAGUUUCUUGGCAGAAAGACAAUCAAGCCUUCAAAUUAACACAAAGGACAAUGAUUGAAAAUACCUCUACCUCAACUACCUUGAUCAUAAAUGAAUGUUUAAGGAGUGACUGUGGAAUAUACUCGAUGACAGGAAAGAACAUCGUUGGCUCGGUUACGGAUAGCAUCACAGUAAAAGUGCAUGAUGUGCCUGGACCACCAAAGGGACCAAUUAAACUGGACAGAAUAUCUCGUACUUUUAUUGAGUUCUCAUGGGAAACUCCUGAAAAUGAUGGAGGUGUACCAAUCAAUAACUAUAUAGUAGAAAUAAGGGAAACUACUAGCCAGACAUGGGUAGAACUCUCCUCACUGAUUAUUCGUACAACAUUUAAAGCAACUCGUUUAACAACAGGGACUGAAUAUCAAUUCCGCAUCAAGGCCAAAAACAGAUAUGGGGCAGGGCCUCCAUUAACAUCAGAGGCAGUGGUUGCUGCAUAUCCGUUUAAGGUACCUGGGCCACCUGGAACACCCAAAGUUGUCGCUUUCACUAAGGAUACAAUGACAAUUGGUUGGAAUGAGCCUGUUUCUGAUGGUGGAAGCGAGGUCAUUGGUUACCAUGUUGAAAGGAAAGAGAGGAACAGUAUUGUUUGGCACAGAAUUAGCAAGGCACUUGUGAUCGGAAAUCUGUUCAAAUCCACAGGACUAGAGGAUGGUGUGGCAUAUGAGUUCCGUGUGAUUGCUGAAAACAUAGCUGGAAUUGGAAAACCAAGCAAAGCUUCUGAACCAAUGCUUGCUCUUGAUCCAGUGGAUCCACCUGGUCAACCUGUCCCAAUCUAUGUGUCCAAAAAUGCCAUCACUAUUCAGUGGACAAAGCCAGAGUAUGAUGGUGGAUUCAAGAUUACUGGCUAUACUGUGGAAAAGAGAGAUCUUCCAGCUGGGCGCUGGAUAAGAGCUAACUUUACAAAUAUCAUUGAAACCACAUUCACCAUCAGUGGUCUAACUCAAGAUGAAUCUUAUGAAUUCCGUGUGUUUGCAAGAAAUUCAGCUGGUGCUGUUAGUAACCCAUCAGACCCAUCAGAUCCAAUUAUUUGCAAAGAUGACAUUGAAGAACCAAGGAUUAUGGUUGAUGCUAAAUUUAAAGAUAUUGUCCUUGUCAAAGCCGGAGAGGCGUUCAAACUUGAAGCUGAUGUUGCAGGCCAGCCAUUACCAUCAAUGGUUUGGACGAAAGAUGGAAAAGAUGUUGAAAACACAUCUAAACUACAGAUCAAAAUGACAGAACUUACAGCAGUCUUGAUCAACAAGGAUUCUGUCAGAAGGGAUGGUGGUGAAUUUAUUUUGACAGCAACAAAUAUUGGUGGCUUUGCUAAACAUGUUUUCAAUGUAAAGGUUCUUGAUAGACCAGGACCACCUAAGGGACCUCUGGCAGUUUCUGAUAUUACAGCUGAAAAAUGUGUGCUAACAUGGAAUCCACCUGCAGAUGAUGGCGGUGCAAACAUCGAACAUUAUGUUAUUGAAAAACGUGAGUCAAGCAGACUUGCUUGGACAAAUGUGGCAUCCGAAUUGCAGGUUAAUCAGUACCAAGUGACAAAGUUGCUCAAAGGAAAUGAAUACAUUUUCAGAGUAAUGGCUGUUAACAAGUAUGGUGUUGGAGAACCUCUUGAAUCUGAAGCAAUUAUUGCAGAAAAUCCAUAUAUACGACCAGAUCCUCCACAAACACCUGAGAUAACAGCAGUCACUAAGGAUUCAGUAGUCCUCUGUUGGGGUGCACCUGCUAGCAAUGGUGGAAGUGAAAUCACCAACUAUCGUAUUGAGAAAAGAGACAGGAUUAGUUUGCGUUGGGUAAAAUGCAACAAGAGGAAUGUUACUGACUUGCAUUUCAAGGUUACUGCUCUUGUUCCAGGCCAUGAAUAUGAGUUCAGGGUUUUUGCUGAAAAUGCAGCAGGAAUAAGUGAACCAAGUCCUUCAUCACCAUUUGUCAAGGCCACAGAUACUCUUUUCAAACCAGGUCCCCCUGGCAACCCAAGAAUCUUGGACACAACAAAUUCUUCAAUCACGCUUGCAUGGAACAAACCAGUUUAUGAUGGUGGUUCUGAAAUUACUGGCUAUAUUCUUGAGACCUGUCUCCCUGGAACUGAAGAGGAAGAAUGGACAAUUGUCUCCCCUAAAGGUGGUGUAAAGGGGACAUCAUUUACAAUUACAAAUCUUAAAGAAAAUCAGGAAUACAAAAUUAAUGUGUCAGCUGUAAAUUGCGAGGGUAUUGGAGAAGCAGCACCUGUGCCAGGUUCACCUAAAGCAGAGGAACGACUCAUACCACCAGAGGUUGACCUUGAUGCUGAACUUCGUAAGAUUGUGAACAUCAGAGCAUGCAAUACAGUAAGACUUUUUGUGCCAAUUAGAGGUAGACCAACACCAGAGGCCAAAUGGUCAAGAGAGAAUGAUGAACCUUUAGACAGAGCUACGAUUGAAACAACUUCAUCUUUUACAUCACUGGUUAUUGCCAAUGUAAAUAGAUUUGACAGUGGCAAAUACAAUUUGACUGUAGAAAACAGUUCUGGAACAAAGACGGUCUCUGUAAUAGUUAGAGUUUUAGAUACACCUGGAGCACCACAAAACUUAAAAAUAAGCCAGGUCACUAAAGAAUCUGUUUCACUUGUUUGGGAUCCUCCACUUAAUGAUGGUGGCACAAAAAUUAAGAAUUAUAUUGUUGAGAAGCGUGAGGCUACAAGAAAGGCAUAUGCUACAGUAAAUGCCAAUUGUCACAAAACUACUUACACAGUUGACCAUCUCCAAGAAGGAUGCAACUACUAUUUCAGAGUUCUGGCAGAAAAUGAAUAUGGCAUUGGUCUCCCAAUGGAGACUGGUGAAUCUGUUAAAGUGUCUGAGAAACCACUUCCCCCUGGCAAGAUAACACUUCAGGAUGUCACAAAGACAAGUGUGACAUUAUCAUGGGAAAAGCCUGAACAUGAUGGAGGAAGCAGAGUGGUUGCAUAUGUCGUAGAGAUUCAGAGCAAAGGGAGUGAAAAAUGGACACAAGCUGUGAUUGUCAAGGUACCUGAAGCAGUUAUUACUGGGCUUGUACCUGGUGAAGAGUAUAUGUUCCGUGUUUCUGCAAGGAAUGAAAAGGGAACCAGUGAUCCUCGUCAAAUUGGUGUACCUGUGAUUGCCAAGGACCUUGUAAUUGCUCCAUCUGCUAAGAUGUUGUUUUCCACAUUCAGUGUCCUGGCAGGAGAAGAUUUGACAAUUGAUAUUCCAUAUAAUGCUCGUCCCAAAGCUACCAUUUCAUGGCUAAAGGAAGCAGUUCCACUUAAACGAACAACCAGAGUUAACUUUUCCUCUACAGAUACACAGCUGAAUUUAGUAAUCAAAGAGGCCUGUAGAGAUGAUGUUGGCCAGUAUAGUGUCAAACUAUCAAAUACAGCUGGUGAGACCAAAUUAGACAUUAGAAUUGUUGUUCUUGACAAACCCGGUCCACCAACAGGCCCUGUUAAAAUUGAUGAGGUAACAUCUGACAGUGUUACCAUUUCUUGGAAGCCACCAGAGUAUGACGGGGGCUGCACCAUUAAUAACUAUAUAGUAGAAAAGAGGGACACAUCCACAACUAAUUGGCACAUUGUAGCAGCAAAUCUAGCAAGAACUCAAAUUAAAGCAGGAAGACUGAAGACAGGCUCUGAAUAUCAAUUCAGAAUUGCAUCAGAGAACAGAUAUGGCAAAAGCCCUCUGCUUUUGUCUGAAUGUGUGAUUGCACAGUACCCGUACAAACUACCGGGCCCUCCUGGAACACCUUUCUUGCAGUCUUCCACAAAAGAUAGUAUGGUGAUAGUGUGGAAUGAACCUGUCAUCGAUGGUGGAAGCACAAUCUUAGGCUAUCACCUUGAGCGAAAAGAGAGAAAUAGCAUUCUUUGGAUGAAACUAAACAAAAGCAUAAUCCAAGACACAACUUUCAAGACAACAGGACUUGAAGAAGGCAUGGAAUAUGAAUUCAGAGUUUAUGCUGAAAACAUUGUUGGCAUUGGGAAGGCUAGUAAGAUCUCAGAGGGCUAUGCUGCCAGAGAUCCUUGUGAUCCUCCUGGAACACCAGAAGCAGUUAUAAUUACAAAGAAUUCUAUUACAAUUGCAUGGACCAAGCCAGAGUAUGAUGGUGGAAGCAAAGUCACUGGAUAUAUUGUAGAAAAGAAGGAAUUGCCUGCAGGACGCUGGAUGAAAGCAAACUUCACCAAUAUAAUAGAGACUGAGUAUACUGCAACAGGUCUUACUGAGGAUGAGAAAUAUGAGUUCCGUGUCAUUGCAAGAAAUGCUGCUGGAGUUUUCAGUGAUCCUUCAUAUAGUACUGGACCUAUCAUGGCAAAGGAUGAGAUUGAACCACCACGUAUCAGCAUAGAUCCAGAGUACACACAAACAAUUGUUGUAAAUGCAGGGGACAACUUCAAGAUUGAUGCAGAUAUUCAUGGAAAACCAACACCAUCAAUCUGUUGGAUGAAGGGUGAGCAGGAACUUGGAAACACCAUAUCUCGUGAAAUUAAAAGCACAGAUAGUUAUACUUGUUUGACUGUAAAAGAGGCCAAACUUGCUGAUGGAGGUCAAUAUACUCUACUGCUGCAAAAUCCAGGAGGAGAGAAGACUGUACAAAUCAAUAUUUGUGUCCUUGAUAAGCCUGGACCACCAGAGGGACCCAUCUCUAUUACAGGUGUAACCAGUGAACAAUGCUGCCUUUCUUGGAAACCACCUAAACAAGAUGGUGGCAGCAAGAUCACUCAUUAUAUUGUUGAAAAAAGAGAGACUAGCAGACUACUUUGGACAGUUGUUGAAGCCAAAGUCCAAGCUGUAAACCUUAAAAUAAUGAAACUACUAGAAGGAAAUGAAUAUAUUUUCAGAGUUUUACCAGUAAACAAAUUUGGUGUUGGUGAGCCCCUCCAAUCCAGUUCAGUUGUUAUCAAGAAUCCGUUUACACCUCCAGAUGCACCAAAAGGAGUGGAAGUCUCUAAUGUCAAGAAAGAUUCAAUGGUCAUAACCUGGGAGGCCCCAACAAAUGAUGGAGGUACUCCUAUCACCGGUUAUAUUAUUGAGAAACAUGACAAGGAAGGCAUUAGAUGGACCAGAUGCAACAUGAAAACAGUUACUAACAUUACAUUUAAAGUUACUGGACUCCUGGAGAACCACCUCUACGAAUUCAGAGUUUCUGCUGAGAAUGCUGCUGGAGUUAGUGAGGCAAGUUCUGCAACUGUAUUCUAUAAAGCCCUGGAUCCUGUAUUCAAGCCUGGUCCACCACAUAAUCCAAAAGUGCUAGACAUGACCAAAUCAUCUGUUGUACUUGCAUGGGGAAAGCCUAUUUAUGAUGGUGGCUGUGAGAUCCAGGGAUAUAUUGUUGAAGCAUGUGAAGCAAAAGCAGCCAUCGAGGAGAUACAGACUCCAGGAGAAGAAGGAAAGGCAGCUGCAGAUGAAUGGACAAUCUGCACUCCACCAACAGGUGUUAAACUGACACGCUUUAAUGUGGAAAAUCUGAAAGAAAAGCAGGAAUAUAAAUUCAGGGUUUGUGCAGUUAACAAGGUUGGUGUUGGGGAGCAUGGUGAUGUUGCAGGGCCCAUACUGCCAGAGGACAAAACUGAGGAACCGGAUCUUGAUAUUGAUGCUGAGUUUAGAAAGCUUGUACGUAUUAAAGCUGGUGGUUCUCUUAGAAUGUUCGUCCCUUUCAAAGGAAGACCAACACCACAAAUCAGAUGGGAAAAAGAUGGUGGACAGAUUAAGGAAACAGCACAGACUGAGACCACCAGCAGUCACACUUCUCUUGUGAUUGAUAAAGUCAAUAGGGCAGACAGUGGUAAAUAUACUGUUACUGCAGAAAACACUGCUGGUGCAAAAUCUGAAACAAUUAUUGUGAAAGUCCUUGACACACCAGGCGCUCCUCUCAACUUCAAAGUUAAAGAAAUUACAAAAGAAUCUGUUACUCUUACAUGGGAGCCUCCAAUUUUAGAUGGUGGAGCAAAGAUCAAAAAUUACAUUGUUGAAAAACGUGAGAGCACAAGAAAAACAUUCUCUGCUGUUGUCACAAACUGCCACAAACUCUCUUGGAAAGUUGAACCACUUCAAGAAGGCUGCAGUUACUAUUUUAGAGUGCUUGCAGAAAAUGAACAUGGUAUUGGGCUACCUGCCAAUAUCACAGAUCCUUUGAAGGUUUCAGAGGUGCCACAAUGUCCUGGAAAAUUAAGUGUUGUAGAUGUUACUAAAACAAGUGUGUCUCUUUCUUGGGAAAAACCAAUUCAUGAUGGUGGCAGUAGAAUUCUUCAAUACCUUAUUGAAAUGCAGGUCAAGGGUAAUGAUAAAUGGUCUGGAUGUGCCAAUGUAAAAACAUUGGAAGCUGUAAUCAGUAAUUUGAACCCUAGCGAAGAGUACACUUUCAGAGUAAUUGCUAUCAAUGAAAAAGGAAAGAGUGACCCAAGAACACUUGCUGUCCCCGUGCAAGCAAAGGACCUUGUCUUUGGGCCUGAUGUAAGACCUGCAUUUAGCAACUACAGUGUUCUUGUUGGAAAAGACCUUAAAGUUGAAAUCCCAGUUUCUGGUCGUCCAAAGCCAAAGGUUACAUGGACAAAGGAUGGUGCAGCCCUCAAGUUCACAACAAGGGUUAACAUUUCUAAUACAGCACACAGCACUGUUCUUAGCAUCAAAGAAGCAGCAAGAGAAGAUGGUGGAAUGUAUGGAAUAAACGUGACCAAUGUUGUUGGACAAAAGGAUGCAACCAUUGAAAUCAUCACUCUUGAUAAACCUGGCCCACCAUCCGGCCCUGUGCGAUUUGAUGAGAUAACUGUUUCAAGUGUUACAUUGUCAUGGGAUCCUCCAAAGUAUACUGGUGGUUGCCCAAUUUCAAAUUAUAUUGUGCAAAAGAGAGAUACAACUUCUACAACAUGGGAGAAUGUUGCAAUUUCAUUAGCAAGAACAACACUUAAAGUCGUACGACUGAAGACCGGUGCUGAAUAUCAAUUCAGAAUCAUUGCUCAGAACAGGUAUGGCAAGAGUUAUGCUCUGGACUCUUCAAGUGUUGUUGCUCAGUAUCCAUAUAGAGAACCAGGACCACCAGGAACUCCAUUUGUGUCAUGUCUAUCAAAGGACCAUAUGGUUGUUGAGUGGAAUGAGCCAGUUUCAGAUGGAGGCAGCACCAUUAUAGGAUAUCAUCUUGAAAGGAAGGAGAGAAACAGCAUUCUUUGGACAAAGAUAAAUAAGACACUGAUUCAAGAAACAAGAUUCAAAACCAGUCCUUUAGAGGAAGGUGUUGAAUAUGAGUUCAGAGUAUAUGCUGAAAAUAUUGUUGGCAUUGGAAGAUGCAGCAAAAUCUCAGAGGGCUUUGUUGCUCGUGAUCCAUGUGAUCCUCCUGGAACCCCAGAAGCUGUCCAUGUGACUAAAAAUUCAAUAACUAUCGAGUGGAUAAAGCCAGAGUAUGAUGGUGGAAGUGUUAUAACUGGUUAUACUGUUGAGAAACGUGAUCUUCCUGAAGGACGCUGGAUGAAAGCAAGUUUCACUAAUGUUAUUGAAACCAAUUUUACUAUUACUGGGCUGACAGAAGGUGCCAAGUACGACUUCAGGGUAAUUGCAAAAAAUGCAGUUGGCACUAUCAGCAAACCAUCAUACAACAGUGGACCUAUUGCUGCAUUGGAUGAGGUAGAGCCACCAAAGUUCUCUAUUGAUCCAGAAUACACUCAGACUCUAAUUGUGAAUGCAGGAGAUACAUUCAAACUUGAUGCUGAUGUUCAUGGUAAGCCACUUCCUGCAAUCCAGUGGUUUAAGAAUAACAAGGAGCUUGAAAACACAAUUAGAUGUGACAUCAAGAACACUGACAACAGAGCACUGAUUAUAGUAAAAGAUGCAGUCAGACAAGAUGGUGGAAACUACACUCUUCAGCUUACUAAUGUUGCUGGAUCUCAGACCGUUCAAUUCCAUGUGAAAGUACUUGAUAAACCAGGUCCACCAGAAGGGCCUCUUCAUGUCACAGGCGUGUCCAGUGAUAAAUGCACACUGAUAUGGCGUGCUCCGCUAGAUGAUGGAGGAAACACGAUCACUCAUUACAUUAUUGAGAGACGUGAGACAAGUCGACUUGCUUGGACUGUGGUCUGUAAUGAUUGCAAAACUACAACAUACAAAGUGACAAAGCUCCUGGAAGGUAACGAAUAUAUAUUCCGUGUCAUGGCUGUGAACAGUUACGGUGUUGGUGAGCCAAUUGAAGCACCAUCCGUAAUAAUGAAAGAUCCAUUUAGUCACCCUGGAUCACCACAAAUUAUCGAGGUAACAAAUAUUGCGAAGGACUCUAUGACUAUUUGCUGGAGUGCACCAGAUGCUGAUGGUGGAAGUCAAAUUCUUGGUUACAUCAUUGAGAAGAGAGACAGAUCUGGAAUUAGAUGGACAAGGUGCAACAGACAAAAAGUAACUGAUGUAUGCUUCAGAGUGCAUGGCCUAAUUGAGGAUCAUGAGUAUGAAUUCAGAGUGUCAGCUGAAAAUGCAGCUGGACCUGGAGAACCAAGCUUGCCAACUUCAUACUACAAGGCUUGUGAUCCCAAAUACAAACCUGGCCCUCCUAUGCAUGCACAUGUUGUUGAUACCACCAAUACUUCAAUUACAGUGGCAUGGGGAAAACCCCUUAAUAAUGGAGGAUGUGCAAUUCAAGGAUAUAUUGUAGAGAUCUGCAAAGCUGAAGAGGAAGAAUGGACUAUGUGCACUCCCCCUACUGGCUUACGUGUCAACAAAUUUGAAAUCACUAAGCUAACAGAACAACACGAAUAUAAGAUUCAAAUAUGUGCCAUCAAUAAAUUAGGUGUUGGAGAACCUGCAGUUAUUCCAGGAACUGCCAAGCCUGAGGACAAGCUGGAAACCCCUGAAAUUCACCUUGAUUCAGAGCUAAGGAAAGGCAUUGUUGUUCGUGCAGGAGGAUCAGUAAGAAUCAAUGUACCAUUCAAAGGUAGACCAAUACCAGAAAUCAAAUGGACUAAAGACGAAGGUGAACUGUCAGAAAAAACAGUGCUUGAAAAGGGUCUUAACUUCACCCAGCUUUCAAUUGACUCCUGUGAUAGAAGAGACUCUGGAAAAUACACUGUGACUCUACAGAACAGCAGUGGCUCUGUAUCUGAAUUUGUGGCUGUUAAAGUGUUAGAUACACCUGGAGCACCACUAAACCUCGUAGUUAAGGAUAUCAAGAAGGACUCUGUUACACUUGUUUGGGAACCACCACUUAUUGACGGAGGUGCAAAGAUCAAGAAUUAUAUUGUUGACAAGCGUGAAUCCACAAGAAAAGCCUAUGCAAAUAUAACAACCAAGUGCAGCAAAACAACUUAUAAGGUGGAAAAUCUUGCAGAGGGGGCCAUGUAUUAUUUCAGAGUUAUGGCUGAAAAUGAAUAUGGUGUUGGUGUGCCGGUUGAAACAAAAACUGCUUCAAAGGCAUCUGAAGUACCUCAGCCAGUUGGAAAGGUGAUGCUGACUGAUGUGACAAAAGUAAGUGCAUCUCUGGCCUGGGAAAAGCCAGAGCAUGAUGGAGGUAGUAGGAUUGCGGGCUACUUGAUUGAAAUGCAGCCGAAAGGAACUGACAAAUGGGGUGUAGCAACAAAUGUAAAAACAUGUGAAGGAACAGUCACUGGACUGACUGGCGGUCAGGAAUAUUUGUUCCGUGUUUUGGCAUACAAUGAGAAAGGCAAAAGUGAGCCAAAGCCCCUUGCUGCUCCAGUUAUUGCCAACGACCUCACAAUUGAACCAAGCCUAAAGUUGCAAUUCAAUACAUAUAGUGUCAAAUCUGGAAAGGAUUUCAAACUUGAAAUACCUAUUUUUGGACGUCCAAAACCAAAGAUCACUUGGUCAAAGGAUGGACAGUCACUUAAAGUAACAUCCAGAGUUACUACUUCCGUCACACCAACAUCCACAAUCCUGCAGAUUACUGAAGCCUGGAAAGAUGACCUUGGAAAGUAUACAGUUACCGCAACAAACAGUGUUUGUGCAGUUACAGAAGAUAUCAGUAUCAUAAUCCUGGAUAAACCUGGUCCACCCACAGGACCAAUAAAAGUGAAUGAAGUGAGCAAUAAUUCUGUUUCCAUCUCAUGGGAACCUCCAGAAUAUACAGGAGGCUGCCAAGUAAAGCAUUAUAUUGUUGAAAAGCGAGACACCACUGAAACUUCUUGGCAAGUUGUUGCUGGAUCAGUUGCCAGGACAUCCCUCAAAAUUACCAAGCUGAAAAAAGGUGCUGAGUAUCAGUUUAGAGUCGUUGCUGAGAACAGAUAUGGUAAGGGUGCUCCUUUGGAUUCAAAGUCCAUUGUUGUGCAGUAUCCUUACAAACCACCUGGUCCACCUGGUACUCCAUAUGUGAAAUCUGCCACCAAGGAUCAAAUGAUAAUUGAGUGGAAUGAACCAGUCAGUGAUGGUGGCAGUUCAGUGAUUGGAUACCACCUUGAGAGCAAAGAAAGAACAAGUAUUCUAUGGACAAAACUAAACAAAACACUCAUUACUGAUACUGUUUUCAAAAUAUGCAAUCUUGAAGAAGGCAUUGGUUAUGAAUUCAGGGUAUAUGCUGAAAACAUUGUUGGUAUUGGCAGAGCAAGCAAAGUUUCAGAGAGCUUUGUUGCUCGUGACCCAUGUGAUCCACCUGGAACGCCUGAGGCUAUUGCAAUAUCAAAGGACCACAUUAAGAUUCAGUGGACAAAGCCUCAAUAUGAUGGUGGCAGCAAAGUGACUGGAUAUAUUGUUGAGAGAAGAGAUUUGCCUGAAGGUCGAUGGAUGAGGGCAAAUUUUACCAAUGUAAUUGAGACAGAAUUUACAAUCACAGGCUUAACGGUAAACAAUCAAUAUGAAUUUAGAGUAAUUGCAAGAAAUGCAGUGGGUGUCUUCAGUGGGCCUUCAGACAGCACUGGACCAAUUACUGCUACAGAUGAAAUUGAACCUCCUAGUGUUUCAAUGGAUCCUAAGUACAAGGAUGUCAUUGUUGUCAAUGCUGGAGACAACAUAGUUUUGGAUGCAGAUAUACAUGGUAAACCAACACCUGAUAUUCAGUGGCUAAAAGAAGGAAAGGAAAUGAAUAAGAUGUUGCGUAUUGAAUUAAGAAGUACACAAAAAUAUGCUUCUAUUACAAUAAAAGAUUGUACAAGAUUGGAUGGUGGACACUAUGACCUUGUAUUAAGUAACAGUGGUGGAACAAAAACAAUUCCAAUAACAGUAAAAGUUCUUGACAGACCAGGUCCACCAACCGGACCACUACGAGUGACUGGCGUCUUGUCUGACAAAUGUCAUCUGUCCUGGUCUGAGCCCUUGCAGAAUGGUGGAGCUAAUAUUUCUCAUUAUAUCCUUGAGAAAAGGGAAACUAGCAGACUAUCAUGGAGUGUUGUUGAUUCUAACAUACCAAGUGUAAAUUAUAAAGUGACCAAGCUCCUGCCAGGUGAUGAGUAUAUCUUUAGAGUUAUGGCUGUCAACAAAUAUGGCAUUGGUGAACCUCUAGAAUCUGAGGCAAUUAUUGCACGCAAUCCAUACAAGCCACCAAGUGCGCCAUCAACACCAGAAGCAAGUGAGAUAACAAAGGAUUCAAUAACUCUAUCAUGGAAUGCCCCAGAGAGCGAUGGUGGAGCAGAAAUUAAGUGUUAUCACUUGGAGAAGCGUGACAAAGAUGGUGUGAGGUGGACAAAAUGUAACCGACAGAAGCUGACCGAUCUGCAUUUCAAAGCAACUGGUCUGUCAGAGGGACAUUUCUAUGAGUUCCGUGUGUCUGCUGAAAAUGAAGCUGGUGUGGGAGAAUUUAGUGACCUAUCUCUGUUUUAUAGAGCAAUAAAUGCCACAACUCCCCCAGGUCCACCUCAUCAUCCUAAAGUGACAGAUCACACAAGCUCAUCUGUCUCUCUGUCUUGGGGAAAACCUGCUACUGAUGGUGGUGCAUAUAUUAAAGGUUAUAUAGUUGAGAUGAGAGAGGUUUCUUCAGAGGAAUGGAUCAUAUGCACACCCCCAGCUGGUAUUCAAGCAACACGCCUCACAGUUGAAAACCUGAAGGAAAAUGCUGAAUAUAACUUCCGUGUUUGUGCAAUUAACUCUGAAGGAGUUGGUGAGCCUGCUGAUGUUCAUGGAUCGGUGACUGCAUCUGAAAAGAUUGAAGCACCUGAGAUUGAACUUGAUGCUGACCUCAGGAAAGUUGUCUCUGUUCGUGCAGGAGGAUCCCUUCGUCUUUUCAUUACAAUUAGAGGUCGACCUGAGCCAUCUGUCAAAUGGGAAAAGGAGGAUGGGAUGCUAACUGAGCGUGCUCAGAUUGAGUCCACCAGUUCAUACACCAUGCUUGUAAUUGACAACGUCAAUAGAUUUGACAGUGGAAAAUAUAACUUGACUCUUGAGAACAAGAGCGGCACAAAAUCUACAUUUGUGAAUGUGAGGGUGCUAGAUACACCAAGUUCUCCACAGAAGUUUGAAGUGAAAGAUGUAAAGAAAGAUUCAGUAACUGUCUGCUGGGACCCACCACUUACAGAUGGUGGGGCUAAAAUAACCAAUUAUGUGGUUGAGAAGCGUGAAUCUACAAGAAAAGCUUAUACAACUGUCACAAGCAACUGCACACAGACUUCCUUUAAAGUUGAUGAACUGCAGGAAGGAGGAAUUUUCUACUUCCGUGUAUGUGCUGUCAAUGAGUAUGGCUUUGGUGUGAUGGCAGAAACAAAGAAUCCUAUUAAGGUUGCACAGGUACCUAUGCCUCCAGGAAAAGUAACUCUUGUGGAUGUCACGAAGAAUAGUGUGACACUUACUUGGGUUAAGCCUGUCCACGAUGGAGGGAGCAAAAUCAUCUGCUACAAUGUAGAGAUGCAACCCAAGAGUAUGGACAAAUGGGGUGUAAGCUGCACAGUUAAGGUUCCAGAGGCUACUGUGAGCAACCUCACGCCUGGCGAAACGUACUCAUUCAGGGUUAUUGCAUUGAAUGAGAAGGGCAAGAGUGAGCCUCAAGAACUUGGUGUACCUGUUGUAACUAAAGAUAUUGAGAUUGAACCCUCUGUUCAUCUGCUGUUCAAUACAUACAGUGUUAAGGCUGGAGGUGAUCUUACUGUGGAAGUUCCUGUGAGAGGCAGGCCUAAGCCAGUUGUCUCUUGGAAGAAGGAUGGCCUUCCUUUGAGGCAAACUUCCUCUCUUUCAAUUGUCAACACGAUGGUGUCAAGCAAAAUCGUCAUCAAAGAAGCUGCUAUUGAGCAUGUUGGUAAAUAUGAAAUCACUCUUGCUAAUACAGCAGGCACCAAGUCCACAGAUAUUGGCAUUGUUGUUCUUGAUAAACCUGGGCCACCAGCUUCAGUGAAGGUUGAUGCUGUGACUUCUGACAGUAUUAAAUUGUCAUGGGCCCCUCCAGAAUAUGAUGGUGGAUGCUCCAUCAACAAUUACAUUGUUGAGAAGAGAGAUACUAACACAACAGAGUGGCAGAUUGUUUCAACAAAUGUUGCCAGAAACUCAGUCAAAGUACCUCGAUUGACACAGGGUUCUGAGUACCAGUUCCGCAUCUAUGCAGUGAAUCGUUAUGGAAAGGGUAAGCCAAUUGACUCUCCGGGAAUUACUGCAGAGUACACAUUUAAACAGCCUGGCCCACCAUCUACGCCUCGUGUUGCUCAUGCCACCAAGGUCUUCAUGCUUGUCACAUGGAAUGAGCCAGUUAAUGAUGGUGGUAGCACAGUCCUUGGCUAUCAUUUAGAACGAAAGGAGAGAAGCAGUAUUCUUUGGACAAAGGUGAACAGGACAAUAAUCAAGGAUACUGAAUUCAAAGUAACUGGCAUUGAGGAAGGCAUGAUAUAUGAAUUCCGUGUCUAUGCUGAAAAUAUUGCUGGAAUUGGCAAAGCAAGCAAAGCCAGUGAGCCCACAGCUGCACGAGAUCCCUGUGAUCCUCCUGGUCAGCCUGUGGUAACUAGCAUUACCAAAUCCUCUGUAUCUCUUUCUUGGACCAAGCCCGAGUAUGAUGGUGGAGCCAAAGUUACUGGCUACAUAAUUGAACGUAGAGAUCUCCCAGAAGGUCGCUGGGUAAGAUGCAAUUUUACCAAUGUUGUAGAGACUUAUUUUGAUGUUACUGGCCUAACAUUGGAUGAGAAGUAUGAUUUCCGUGUCAUCGCAAAGAAUGCUGCUGGACUAUUCAGUGAGCCAUCUGACAACACUGGUCCUAUUACAGUUAAAGAUAAUGUAGAUCCACCACGCAUUAUGAUGGAUGUCAAGUUCAAGGAUGUUGUGGUAGUAAAAGCUGGGGAAACCCUGAAGAUUAAUGCUGACAUUGCAGGGCGCCCUCUUCCAGUUGCAUCUUGGUCAAAGGAUGGACAUGAAAUUGAACAGAAGGCAAGAAUUCAGAUAACUGGAACAGAUACUAGUACUAUGAUUGUAGUUAAAGACUGCAAAAGGAGUGAUUCUGGACAGUACACUUUGACUUUAAAGAAUGUUGCAGGAAGUGUCACAACACCAGUAAACUGUGUUAUUCUGGAUAAACCAGGACCUUCAGCAGGACCAGUAUCAGUAACAGGCCUCACAGCAGAGGAGUGCACAUUGUCAUGGGGACCACCACAAGAAAUUGGUGGCUCUGAAAUAACACAUUAUGUUGUUCAGAAACGAGAGACCAGCCGAUUGGCAUGGACACUUGUACAUGGAGAGGUCAAAACUACAACAUUCAAGGUCACUAAGCUCCUAAAAGGAAAUGAGUACAUAUUCAGAGUAUUAGCUGUCAACAAGUUUGGACUUGGUGAAGCCCUUGAAAGUGAAAUGGUCAAGGUCACUGAACCAUACACUAUCCCAGGAGCUCCAACAAAUGUUGAAAUUACAAGUGUGACCAGUGAGGAAAUGAGGCUAAUUUGGGCAAAACCUGCAUCUGAUGGAGGCAGCGAGAUCCUUGGAUAUAUAAUUGAAAGGCGAGAGAAAUCUGGUCUUCACUGGGUCCGUGUGAACAGGGACCUUGUGAAAGACCUAACAGCUGUGAUAUCAAAAGUAAGAAGAGGAUGUGAGUAUGAGUUUAGGGUUUAUGCUGAAAAUUUAGCAGGCUUGAGUCUAGCCAGUGACCCAUCUCCUUCAGCAAGGGCAGAGGAUGAACUUUUGGUACCAUCCCCACCAACUAAACCUAAGAUUCUGGAUCAUACCAAGAAUUCUAUUACUAUUGCCUGGAAAAAGCCAUUAUCUGAUGGUGGUGCACAGAUCCUUGGAUACAGUGUAGAAUAUAAGAAAUCUGAGGAUGAAGAAUGGAUUGUGGGUAUUCAGAUGACAAAAAGUAAUGAAUUCACAGUUUCUGGUCUUACAACUGAUGUAGAGUAUGUAUUUGCUGUCAAAGCAAUCAACAAAGUUGGAGUCAGUGAACAGUCACCUGUCUCUGAGCCACAGUCAGCAAUAGAGAGAAAGGAGGAACCUGUAUUUGACAUUGAUAUUGAGAUGCGAAAAACUUUAAUUGUCAAGCAUGGCAAUUCAUUUACUUUGAUGGCUUCAUUUAAAGGAAAGCCAGUGCCUUCAGUUACAUGGAAUAAAGAGGAGGUUGAUCUCAAAGCAAGGGCAAGCAUAGAAAUAACAGAAACAUGCACAUCUGUUACUAUUGAGAAAGCAACACGAAAUGACUCUGGACAAUACAUUGUUACUUUGGACAAUGGUGUUGGAACAGCAUCUUUGCCAAUGAUGGUCAAAGUCCUUGAUACCCCUGGGCCACCAAUUAAUGUGAAAAUUACUGAAGUCACAAAUGAUUCUGCUACAGUUACUUGGGAACCUCCAGAGAAUGAUGGAGGAGAUGCUGUUAAGGCUUAUCAUGUUGAGAAACGUGAAGCAAGCAAAAAGGCCUGGGUAUGCGUAACAAGCAACUGUCACAGUCUGACAUACAGGGUUGAAAACUUGCAAGAAGGUGCAAUCUACUACUUUAGAGUCACUGGAGAAAAUGAGUUUGGAACAGGAGUCCCUGCUGAAACUAAAGAUGGAACCAAGAUAACAGAAAAACCAAGUCCACCUGCUAGGCUUGGCGUUACUGCAGUAACAAAGAAUAGCGUCACCAUUGCAUGGUCAAAACCAGAGUAUGAUGGUGGAAGCCGAAUUACCAGCUACCUCAUUGAUGCCCUUGAAAAGGGCCAACAGAAGUGGGUUAAAUGUGCCACUGUUAAAGCCAACACCCACAUUAUUAAGAACCUAAGGGAAAAUGCAGAAUACCUUUUCAGAGUUCGUGCUGAGAAUCAUGCUGGACUUAGUGAAGCAAAAGAAAUGAUUAUUCCUGUGGUUGUAAAAGAUCAACUUGAUGCCCCUGAGUUUGAUAUGAAGAAUUUCCCACAUAACACUGUUUAUGUGAGAGCAGGAUCAAAUCUUAAAUUUGAGCUUCCUCUCUCGGGUAAACCAAUGCCAAAAGUCACAAUGUCAAGAGGCGAUGCUCCAGUUAAGUGCGGCAAGAGAUUUAGUUUUGAAGUAACCCCUGAAAGUCUUAAUAUCAACCUCAAGGAAAGUAUUGCAAGUGAUGCUGGAAGAUAUGACAUUGUUGCCUCAAACACAAGUGGAACCACCAAGAUGUUUGUAAACAUACUGGUCCUGGAUAGACCAGGUCCUCCGGUCGGUCCUGUUGAAGUUAGUGAUGUGAGGGAGACAAGCUUGUGUCUCAAAUGGCUCCCACCUGUGUAUGAUGGUGGCUGUCCUGUUACAAACUAUGUUGUUCUUAAACGUGAAACAAGUACUCCAGCCUGGACAGAAGUGUCAUCCACAAUUGCAAGAAGCACUGUUAAAGUCACCAAACUUACAAAGGGAGAAGGAUACCAGUUCAGGGUUAAAGCUGAGAAUCGCUUUGGCAUCAGUGAUCACAUUGAUUCUCAGUCAGUUACAGUGAAGCUUCCAUACACUAUCCCUGGACCACCAUCAACACCUUGGCUGGGUUAUGUGUCAAGGGAGAGCCUCACUGUUUGCUGGAAUGAGCCAGUAGUAGAUGGAGGAAGCCCAGUGGUUGGAUACCAUGUCCAAAUGAAAGAAAGAAGCAGCAUUCUUUGGCAGACAGUGAACAAAACAGCAACCCCUGCAAAUCAAAUUAGAGUGACAAAUAUAUGUCCUGGAAUGAUUUAUGAAUUCAAGGUAGCUGCAGAAAAUGCAGCUGGUAUUGGAAAGUUCAGCAAGACAUCAGAAGAAGUGCUAGCAAUUGAUGCUUGUGAACCACCGGCAAAUGUGAGGAUUUCUGAGGUUACAAAAAAUUCAAUUAGCCUUGUAUGGCAGAAGCCUCCGUUUGAUGGUGGAAGCAAAAUCACUGGCUACAUGGUUGAGCGAAGAGAUGCUCCAAAUGGCAGAUGGACAAAGGCAAACUUUACCAAUGUGAUUGAUACUAACUUCACUGUAUCAGGCUUGACUCAGGAUCAGGCAUAUGAAUUCAGGAUUUUUGCCAAGAAUGCAGUUGGCUCGAUCAGCAAUCCAUCUCUAAUUGCAGGACCAGUAACUUGUGUCGACAUUUCUGGUGCUCCAGUAAUUGACCUACCCCCAGAGUAUUUGGAUGUUGUGCAAUACAAAGCUGGUACAUCAUUCAAAAUCAAAGUGGGAAUAUUUGCUAAACCCUUGCCAACUAUUGAAUGGCUUAAAGAUGAAAAGGAGCUAGUGUCAAGUGCACAGCUGUCAGUUGAGAACACAACUGACUCAUCUGCCAUCCUCAUUAAGGAUGCUACUCGUCAUAAUACUGGAACCUAUGAGCUCAAAAUCAAAAAUGUGUUUGGCACAGCAUCUGCUUCUAUCAGAAUACAGAUUUUGGACAAACCUGGACCUCCAGCUGGAUACAUUGAAUUCAAAUCAGUCUCUGCUGACAAGAUAACAAUUGCAUGGGAAUCAGUGGCUGAUGAAGGAGGCGCCAAAGUAACUCAUUACAUUGUAGAAAAACGAGAGACAAGUAGAGUAGUGUGGUCACCAGUUUCUGAAGCAAUGGAAGCACGUACUGUCACUGUCCAAAAGUUGGCCAGAGGAAAUGAAUAUGUAUUCCGUGUCAGAGGUGUUAACAAAUUUGGAGCUGGAGAUCCUCUGGAGUCUGAGCCUGUAAUUGCCAAAAAUGCAUUCGUUACUCCUGGACAGACUUCUACACCUGAAGCAACAGAUAUCACCAGAACAUCAAUGCAGGUUGUUUGGGAUAAACCUAGUAUGGAUGGUGGUAGCAUGGUUACAGGAUACUAUCUGGAGAGACGUGACAAGAAGAGCCUGCGCUGGGUAAAAGUGUACAAGGACCCCAUUGGUGACACCAAAGCAAAGGUCCAUCAUCUCACAGAAGGAAAUGAAUAUCAGUAUCGUGUAUGUGCAAUCAAUAAAGCUGGGGAAGGUCCAUAUUCUGAUGUUUCUGACCUCUACAAAGCUGCUGAUCCAGUUGACCCACCAUGUGAACCAGCUAAGCUCAAGGUAGUGGACUCAACUAAAACAUCAAUCACACUUGGAUGGUCAAAGCCAGAGUAUGAUGGAGGCAGUGAAAUCACCAGCUAUGUUGUAGAAAAAAGAGUUGGUGAGGAAGGGGAGUGGACAGUGAUUAGCCAUAAGGGAGAAGUGAGAACCACAGAGUAUGUUGCCUCAGAUCUUAAACCAGAUAUUGACUACUACUUCCGUGUAUCUGCUGUUAAUUGUGCUGGACGUGGAGACCCAAUAGAAAUGGAAGAGCCAGUACAAGCCAAGGACAUUCUUGAGGAAGCCCAGGUUGAUACGGAUGUUGCAAUGAGAACUCACUACACUGUGAAAGCUGGUAAAGAUGUUGAAAUCAUGGUGCCCCUGAAAGGCAGACCUGCUCCAAGUGUCUCUUGGAAGAAGGAAGACCAAAACAUUGACAAUGAUCCUAAAUAUGACAUUCACAACACAGACACAUCAUCGUGUCUCAUAAUUACACAAGUAACUCGAAACGACACUGGUAAAUACACCAUUAACAUAUCAAAUGGUGUAGGAGAACCAAAGUCCUUAACUGUGUCUGUUAAAGUACAGGACACUCCAGCUGCUUGUAGGAAUUUGAUUUUGAAAGAUGUCACUCGUGGGAAAGUUACACUUUGCUGGGAGCCUCCUCUACUGGAUGGUGGUGCUGAAAUUACCAAUUAUGUUGUUGAGAAAAGAGACUCUUCUAAGCGUACAUAUGCCUGUGUAACAAAUAAGUGCAAGGAAACCACAUGUGUAAUUGAAGAACUCUCUGAGAAAGCAUCAUUCUUCUUCCGUGUAUUAGCAGAAAAUGAGAAUGGAGUUGGAGAUCCAUGUGAAACAGCAGAGCCAGUUAAAGCCACAGAGACACCAGGACCAGUCAAAGACCUUUCUAUGAAAGACUCCACAAAGACUUCAGUAACACUACAAUGGAACAAACCAGAUUAUGAUGGUGGUAGCAUUAUUACAGACUAUAUAAUUGAAAAGAAACUCCAAGGUCAAGAAGAAUGGGCCCCUGCUGGCACAAACAAGCACUGUGAACAUGGAGUUACAAAGCUUAAGGAACUCACUGAAAUGUUUUUCAGAGUUUGUUCCAAGAAUGAAAAGGGUACUAGUGACUUCAUUGAAAUCGGACCAGUUAAAGUAAAGGACUACAUUAUCCCACCAGAAGCAAACCUUGAAGAGUAUCCUGAUGGACAAAUCAAUGUACGCUUGGGACACAAUGUCCACAUUGAAAUGCCAUAUAAGGGUAAACCAAGACCAGCCAUUCUUUGGUUAAAGGACAAUUUACCACUGAAAGAGAGUGAAAAAAUACGCUUUAAGAAGACUGAAAACAAAGCCACUCUUAUGAUAAAAAAUGUGGAGAAAGAGAAUGGAGGCAAAUACACACUUACUCUUGACAACACAUUCUUCAGAAAAUCUUUUCAUAUACAGGUUAUUACCCUUGGACCACCCUCUAAACCUGCUGGACAAAUCCGCUUGGAUGAGGUCAGAGCAGAAAGUAUAGCUAUUUCUUGGGAUGAGCCAAAUGAUAAUGGGGGUGGAGAAAUCACUUGUUACACCGUUGAGAAACGUGACACCUCUCAGACAGACUGGAAAAUGGCUUGUUCAAGUGUGAUUGGAACGUCAUUUAAGGUACCCAAUCUGAUCAAGGGAAUUCAGUAUCAGUUCAGAGUCCGUGCAGAGAAUAGAUAUGGUGCAAGUGAACCUUUAGUUUCACAAAAUGUCAUUGCCAAGCAUGAGUUCAGACCUCCUGGCCCACCAGGCAUGCCAGUUGUUUACAAUGUUACAAAUGAUGGCAUGACUAUUCAGUGGGAUGCACCUAUUUUUGAUGGAGGUUGUCCAAUCCUUGGGUUCCAUGUUGAAAAGAAGGAGAAGAACAGCAUAAUGUGGCAAAAGGUCAACAUAGUCUUGGUCAAAGAAAGGGAGUAUAGGAUUCUUGGUCUUAUUGAAGGCUUGGAAUAUCAGUUCAGAGUCUACACCCAGAAUGAUGCUGGAUACAGUCGCAUGAGUGAUGCAAGCAAACCUGUUAUGGCUGUUUCUCCCGUUGAUCCUCCUGGUACCCCUGACUACGUUGAUGUAACAAGUGAAUCAGUUAAACUGAAAUGGGAAGCACCCAAGCGUGAUGGUGGAAGCAAAAUUGUUGCCUAUAAUGUGGAGAAACGACAGGGCAAGGGACGGUGGUUAAAGACCAAUUUUUCAAAUGUGACUGACACAGAAUUUACAGUGACUGGUCUUGCUUGCGGUGAACGCUAUGAAUUUAGAGUCAUAGCAAGAAAUGCUAUCAGCACAGUGAGCCCACCCUCUCAGUCUUCUGGAUAUGUCUUAAUCAGAGAUGAGAGCCUUUCUCCAAACAUUCAGUUUGGACAGGAAUACUUUGAGGGAGUCUCUAUUAAAGCUGGAGAAAACAUCAGGCUAAAAGUAGCAAUCAUAGGGAGACCAACACCAAAAGUUACCUGGUACAAAGAUAAUAUCGAAUUAACCAAGAAAAUGGUUGAUAUCACAACAAUUUCUGGAUCAAGUACCCUCUUUAUCAGAGAUGCUGACCGUAGUCAUCGCGGUCUUUAUACUGUGGAAGCCAUAAAUCCCUCAGGAUCUAAAAAGGAAUCAAUGAAAGUUGAAGUCUUUGAUACACCUGGUGAACCUGUUGGACCAAUCACAUUCUCAAAUAUCUCUGAGGGCAAAGUAACACUUACAUGGAAUCCACCUGAGAAUGAUGGUUGUUCUGAGGUCACUCAUUACAUUGUUGAGAAACGUGAAACCUCUAAAAUUUCAUGGGCACUUGUUACGGACGAGUGCUUGGAAAGCACAUACACUGCCACCAAACUGAUCAAGACAAAUGAGUAUCAGUUCCGUGUUUCUGCAGUCAAUAGGUUUGGUGUUAGCAGACCACUGGAUUCAGUUCCUGUGAUUGCACAGAUGCAAUACACUGUUCCAGAUUCUCCUGGAACUCCAGAUGCAACAGAUGUUGACGGAGAGAGUAUCACAAUCAACUGGGCUCCACCAACACAUGAUGGUGGAAACCCAAUAAAAUAUUACAUUGUGGAAAGACGUGAAAAGAAGUCUGGUCGCUGGCUGAAAGUCCUAACAAGGAAACCCAUUGUUGAGGCUGCACACAGAGUGACUCAUCUCACUGAGAAUGUGGAGUAUGAAUUCCGUGUGUAUGCUGUAAAUGAUGCUGGAAUUGGAGCACCAAGCAACAUUUCAAUGCCAAUUAAAUGUGCAGAGCCAACGGAAGAACCUGAUGCCCCAUCUAUUGUCAAUGUGACUGACACUACCAAUACAUCUGUCAGCUUGGAAUGGACCAGACCUGCCUAUGAUGGUGGUAUGGAAAUCCAUGGCUACAUUAUUGAGAUGUGCAAGGGAUCUGAAGCGGAAUGGCACAGAGUCAAUGAGGAUCUUUGUGCUGUCACAAGAUACAAUGUCACUGGUUUGGAAACUGGUGCAGAGUACAAGUUCCGUAUUUGUGCAGUCAAUUCUGUUGGAAAAGGUGAAGCCAAAGAAAUACCUGAGUCUGCACAGGCAAUAGACAGGCUCUUGGCACCAGAAAUUGACAUAGAUGCAUCCUUCAAACAGACACAUAUUGUGAAAAAUGGUGGAAGUGUAUGUAUACAUAUUGCCUUUAAGGGAAAGCCAACACCUACAGCUUCCUGGACAAAAGUAGAUGGAGAACUUGGUGUUAUGACAGACAUCACCACCACUGAGACAUUCACAGUCUUGGCACUGGAAAACUGCACUAGAAAUGAUACUGGAAAAUAUACUCUCACUCUUGAGAACAGUAGUGGCAAUAAAUCUAUCACUGUUGCAGUCAAAGUGUUGGACACACCUGGUGUACCAGGGGUUCUCUCCAUCAAGGAAGUCACAAGAGGAGCUCUCACAAUUGCUUGGGAACCUCCUACCAAUGACGGUGGUGCACGUGUUCAUCAUUACAUUGUUGAGAAGCGUGAGGCAAGCCGUCGUACAUGGACAGAGGCAGCACCCAAGACCACUCAAACAAGUUUGAGAGUUUCUGAUCUCCUGGAAGGUGUACCUUAUUUCUUCAGAGUUAUGGCUGAGAAUCAGUAUGGUCUUGGUGAAUCAUAUGAAAUGCCUGAUCCAGUUAUUGCCACAGCUGAACCUGCUCCACCAAAGAGAGUUGAUAUCAUGGAUACAACUGACACAUCAGCAACCCUGGCCUGGCUCAAGCCAGAGCAUGAUGGAGGAAGCCGUAUCACAGGCUAUUGUGUGGAAUCCAAGGCAAAAGAUGCAGAUAAAUGGGUUGUUUGUGGUUCAACAAAAAACCUAAGCCUCGUAAUUGAAGGACUUACAGAGAAUAGUGAGUAUGAGUUCCGUGUCAAGGCAAAGAAUGAUUCUGGGUUCAGUGUGCCAAGAGAAGCUUUCUCCUCAGUCAUUAUUAAAGAGCCACGAAUUGAACCUACUGCCGAUCUCAGUGGUAUCACCAACCAACUCAUUACUAGCAGGAUUGGUGAAUCUUUUGAGAUUGAUGUUCCAAUUGGCGGAAGACCAGCUCCGAAGGUAUCCUGGAAGCUUGAGGAAAUGAGGCUGAAAGAAACUGACAGGGUUUCAAUUAAGACUACCAAAAACAGGACCACUUUCACAGUUAAAGACUGCAUGAGAGGUGAUGGAGGCAGAUAUUUCCUCACCCUUGAGAAUGUCACUGGGUCAAAGACUUUUACUGUCACUGUCAAUGUUAUUGGCAGACCAAGUCCUCCAGAGGGCCCUAUUGAGAUUUCCUCAAUUACAUCAGAGUCAUGUGUACUCUCAUGGAAUCCGCCUGAGGAUGAUGGCGGAACAGACAUCACAAACUACAUUGUUGAGAAGCGUGAAUCUGGCUCCACUGCUUGGCAGCUUAUUAAUUCAAGUGUAAAACAUACUUCUUUCCAUGUUUCACAUCUGACUAAAUACAUGCAGUAUACUUUCCGUAUCUGUGCUGAAAACCGUUUUGGUGUGAGCAAACCAACAGAAUCUGAGACGAUUGUUGCAGAGCAUCCAUUUGUUCCUCCAGGCCCUCCAACAAGGCCAGAAGUGUUCGCUGUAACUGCCAACAGCAUGAGCAUUCGUUGGGAGGAACCGUACCAUGAUGGUGGCAGCAAAGUCUCUGGAUACUGGAUUGAAAAGAAGGAGCGUAACACAAUUCUCUGGGUGAGAGAAAACAAGAUUCCCUGCUUUGAAUGCUACUACAAGGUGGAAGGCCUUGUUGAGGGUCUUGAGUACCAGUUCAGAGUGUAUGCAAUGAAUAGCGCUGGCCUCAGCAAAGCAAGUGAAGCAUCAAAGAGAGCUGUGGCACAAAAUCCAGUUGAUCCUCCAGGAAAAGCAGACGUUACAAAUGUAUCAAGAUCAACAGUCUCAAUCAAAUGGUCUGUGCCCCUAAACGAUGGUGGAAGCCCAAUCACAGGCUACAUUGUUGAGCGCAAGCCAUAUACUGUCACUGGAGAAGGUCGAUGGCUUAAGUGUAACUACACUAAUGUUACUGACACAAAUUUCACUAUCACUGCACUGGGAGAAGGAGAAGAAUAUGAAUUCCGUGUAAUUGCCAAAAAUGCAAAUGGAGUGUUGAGCUUGCCAUCAGUUUCAACAGGACCAGUGACAUGCAAAGCAGAAUACAUUCCUCCUAAAGCAGAGCUGGACAGCAAACUCCUUGUGGACACAGUUGUAAUUAGAGCUGGAUCUGAUCUGGUGCUGGAUGCUGCUGUUGGUGGUAAACCUGAGCCUAAAGUCAGCUGGUCCAAGGGUACAAAAGAGCUAGAGCUUUGUGAAAAAUAUGCUCUCCAGUAUUCAAGUACCCGUGCUCUGGCAAUCAUCAAGUUCUGUGACAGAGAUGACACUGGGAAGUAUGUUCUGACAGUUAAAAAUGCAAGUGGAAUAAAAACCGCUGAGGUCAAUGUUAAAGUGCUUGAUACACCUGGUCCCUGUCAGGAGAUUACAGUCAGCAAUGUAUCUGAGGAAAAAUGCACAGUGUCUUGGAAAGAGCCACUGGAGGAUGGUGGUGACCCCAUCACACAUUACAUUGUUGAAAGAAGGGAUACCAAUAGACUUAACUGGGUUAUCAUGGAGGCUGAAUGCAAAGCCCUAACAUGUGAAAUUAAAAGACUUUUCAAGAACAACGAAUAUAUCUUCCGUGUGAGAGGUGUGAACAAGUAUGGAUCUGGUGUGGCACUACAGUCUACCCCCAUCUUUGCCCGAAACUCAUUCACUGUUCCAUCACCUCCUGGAGCUCCAGAAAUCCUUGCAGUUGGAAAAGACUAUGCAACAAUCGAAUGGCUGAAGCCUGAGAGUGAUGGUGGCAGUGAAGUCACAAACUACUUGAUUGAGUUCCGUGAAAGAAAGAGUGUUCGAUGGAUCAAGGUUAACAGAGAUUCUGUUCUCAAGGACACAUCCUUCAAAGUCACUGGCCUCCAUGAAGGCAACAUUUACCAGUUCCGCGUUACAGCCAUGAAUGCAGCUGGUGAUAGUGAACCUAGUGAAGUGUCAAUGUAUGCAGUAUGUAGAGUACCAACAGGCACUCCAGGUUCACCUUCAAUUCCACGGGUUACAGACACACACAAAGAUAGUAUUAGCCUUGCUUGGACACGACCAGUUGAAGAUGGAGGUGCUGAUGUUAUUGGUUACGUUCUUGAGAUGCAAGAAGCUGGGGCAGAGGAAUGGACAAAAGUGCAUGAAAAGAAUCUUAGGGUGACAGAACACACAGUUACAGGUCUUUCUGCUGGCAAAAAAUGCUGUUUCAGAGUUGCAGCGGUCAAUGUAAAUGGAAUGGGUGACUUCAGUGAUCCUUGUGCAGAGACUGAGCCUGUGGAAAGAAUUGAAAUUCCUGACCUUGAGCUGCCUGAUGAGCUGACAAAGACAAUUUGUCUGAGAGCAGGAAGCUCUCUUCGCCUCCAUAUUACCGUUACUGGUAGACCGAUCCCAACUGUAACUUGGACCAAACCUGGUGUGGACCUCCAAAAUCGUGGCUUUAUUGAAGUAACCAAUACUGCUACAACUCUCAUUAUUGACAAGGUGCACCGCUAUGAUGCUGGUAGAUAUACAAUUGAAGCUUCAAAUUCAGCUGGGAAGAAGGAUGCAAGCAUUCUUGUGAAAAUCUAUGAUACACCUGGUCCAACUGGCCCAAUUAAGAUGAAAGAGCUUACAAAAGAUUCUGCUCAUAUUUCUUGGGAUGCUCCUGAGGUUGAUGGCGGAGCACCUGUCAAUAAUUACAUCAUUGAAAGACGAGAGGCAUCAAUGAGAGCAUACAAAACUGUCACAUCCAAAUGCAGCAAGACAUCAUACAAAAUAACUGGUCUGACAGAAGGAAUGCUGUAUUAUUUCAGAGUCUUACCAGAGAAUAUAUAUGGUGUUGGUGAACCCUGUGAGACAGGCGAUGUUGUGCUGGUGUGUGAAGUUCCACUGCCACCAGCCAAGUUUGAAGUUGUAGAUGUAACCAAAUCUAGUGUAUCACUUGCCUGGGAGAAACCUUUACAUGAUGGAGGCAGCAGAAUCACCGGCUACAUUGUUGAAGCUUGUAAAGCUGGUACUGACAAGUGGAUGAAGGUGGCAACUUUGAAACUUACAGACUUUGAGUUCACUAUCACAUCACUUAAUGAGAAUGAGCAGUAUCUCUUCAGGGUACGUGCUGUCAACAGCAGAGGAGCUGGUGAGCCAAAAGAAAUUGUAACAGCUGUGACAGUACAAGAACAAAGAGUCAUGCCAAAGGUUGAUCUAUCAGCUAUUCCACAGAAGACAAUAAGUGUUUUGGCUGGCAAACCCCUUGAGCUUCACUUGCCAAUUAUAGGACGACCACCACCAGUUUGUUCCUGGUUCUUUAAUGACAAUAGGCUAAAGAUUGUGGAGCGUGUGAAGAUAAAGUCAACUGGAAAAUUCUCUAAAUUAACUAUUCUUGACACUACCAUUGAUGACAGUGGUGUGUACACACUUGAGGUGAAAAACAUAACUGGAGUAACGACUGAAAACAUCAAAGUCGUCAUUCUUUCCAAACCUGAUGAGCCUCAAGGACCCAUCCGAUUUGAUGAAAUUGAUGCAACAUCAGUCACAAUAAGCUGGAAUCCACCUACGAGAGAUGGUGGUGCACCAAUUAGCAGCUAUGUGGUUGAACAACGUGAUGCUCAUCGCCCAGGAUGGGUACCUGUGUCGGAAUCAGUUUCUAGACCAACAUUCAAAUUUGACAGAUUGACAGAGGGCGAUGAAUAUGUGUUCCGUGUUGCAGCAACCAAUCGCUAUGGCAAUGGGGAUUACUUACAGUCAGAAAUCGUAAUGUGCAAGAGCUCCAAAUCCAUUCCCGGACCGCCUGGAAGACCCAUUGUAUUUGAUGUAUCACGUGAUGGCAUGACUGUUGCAUGGGAGCCACCAGAUGAGGAUGGAGGCUUAGAGGUGUCCGGCUACAUUAUUGAACGCAAGGAGGUCAGAUCCGAUAGAUGGAUCCGUGCUAAUAAAAAUCCAGUGACAAUGACAAGAUACAGAUCCACUGGAUUAAUUGAAGGCCUGGAAUAUGAACACAGAGUGACAGCCAUCAAUGCUCGUGGUGUUGGCAAACCGAGCCUUCUUUCUAAACCGGCAGUAGCAACUGAUCCUGUUGAUCCACCUGGGUCACCUCAAAACCCACGAGUCACAGAUACCACAAAAUCUUCUGUGUCUUUGGCCUGGAGUCCCCCAGAUGAAGAGGGUGGUGCUAAAGUUACGGGCUAUCUAAUUGAGAUGCAAAAGGUUGGUUCAGUAACCUGGAUGAAGUGUAAUGCUACACCUUCACUGAUCUGUGAAUAUACUUUGACACAAAUGCCACAAGGAGAAGAAUUCAAAUUCCGUGUUAUGGCUUGCAAUGCUGGUGGACCAGGCGAACCCGCUGAAGUACCAGGAGUUGUGACUAUAACAGAGAUGCUUGAUCCUCCAAGUUAUGAUCUUGAGGCAAAAUACAAAGAUGUCCUUGUGGUCAGAUCCAGAGGAGUAAUCAAACUUUCAGUGCCCAUCAAAGGCAAACCUACUCCUACCUGCAGAUGGACCAAGGAUGGAUCAGAGGUGACCAACCGUGCAAUGAUUGCCUCCAGUGAAGACGCAUCAGAGCUUGUAAUCAAACUAGCUGAAAGGUCUGAUUCUGGCGUUUACUAUCUCCAUCUGGAAAACAAGUGUGGAAAAAAGAUGCUUCCUAUAAAGGUCAAGGUUAUUGGCCGCCCAUCUGCACCUGAAGGCCCUCUUAGAUUUGAUGAUAUACAAGCACAUUCUGUAAAAGUUAGCUGGAAACCACCAACAGAAGAUGGUGGUUCCGAAAUUGUUGGCUACAUUGUGGAGAGACGUGAAGUAACAAAAGCAGCUUGGUACACGGUUGAUUCGCGAGUAGUUGACACAUCCCUUGUGGUUAAGGGAUUACAAGAAAAUGUUGAAUACCACUUCAAGGUGACAGCAGAGAACCAGUUUGGAAUAAGCAACUCCGUGAAAUCAGAGACAACUGUUGUACCAAAGACUCCCAUUUGUGUCCCAGAGGCUUCAGGCACUUCACCAGAAAUUAUGGAUGUUACUAAGAAUUCUGCUGCUUUGGCUUGGACUAAACCCAAAGAUGAUGGUGGAUCUCGUAUUACUGGUUACUUCAUUGAGUACAAAGAAGUGUCGUCUGAUAAGUGGAUUCGUCAUGAGACAAAGAUUACCUCAACAAUGUAUACUCUUAGUGAGCUCACUACUGAUUCCGAAUAUCAGUUCCGUGUUAUUGCUGUGAAUGACAUUGGAGAGAGUGAACCAGGACCUGCAUCAGAUUCAGUAAUAUGCAAAGAUCCAUUUGAUAAACCAAGCCAGCCUGGAGAAAUUGACACUAUGACUGUUACCAAAGACUACAUUACAAUUAAAUGGGAAGCUCCAGCAUGUGACGGUGGAAAACCAGUUCUUGGCUACUGGAUUGAAUACCGAAAGUCUGGAGAGAGUGCUUGGAAGAAAUGCAAUAAGGAGCGCACAAAGGACAAACAGUACACUCAGGGUGGUCUACAAGAAGCAACUGAAUAUGAAUUCAGAGUAUUUGCAGAAAAUGAAACCGGAAUUAGCAGACCACGCAGAACAGCAACUGGCAUCAAAACUAAACUGGGUGUUGGAAAUAAACCAGCUCUCAGGAAAGAGAUGGAUGAAGUCACUGCCAAACUAGGACAAACUGCAACUCUCAAAUGUCAAAUUAUUGGAAGACCUAUUCCAGAAAUUAAAUGGUACAAGGGUGGAAAGGAAAUCAAAGAAGGUCGUAAAUAUGCAGCGACUUCUGAUGGCCGCAAUCAUACACUGACCAUUUCAACCGAUCAACAGGAAGAUGAGGGUCUGUACACAUGCAAGGCUGUGAAUGAAGCUGGGGAGUGUGAGACCAGUGGAUCGCUUGUCCUUGAAGCAGCACCUCAGUUCCCAGUGCCACUGAAAGACAAAUUCUUUGUGACAUGUGGUAGCACAGUGCGCAUACAUGUUGUUUAUAUUGGUCGACCCCAGCCUAAGAUCAUGUGGCUUUAUGGAGCCAAGGCUUUGGAGCCCUCUGAGAAUGUAAUAAUUGAAAAUACAGAGCACUAUACUCAUUUGAUUCUCAAAAACGUACAGCGCAGAGUAAACGGAGGAAAAUACAGAAUCAGGAUCAACAACCAUUUCGGGGCUGCAGAUACUGUAACUCAUGUUGAAAUCUUAGAUAAACCUGCUAUGCCAGAAGGUCCUCUUGUUCUUGAUGCACUAUUGAAGAAUUCUGUGAUUAUUAGCUGGAAAGCUCCCAAAGAUGAUGGAGGAUCUAUGAUCACAAAUUAUAUUGUGGAAAAGCGUGAAGACAAGGAAGAAGCAGAGUGGGAACUUGUAUCUUCAUCUAUCACUGGCACUUCAUGCAGAAUUCCUAACCUUGUUGAAAAUGAGGGAUACUUCUUCCGUGUUUCAGCACAAAAUCGUUACGGCAAUAGUGAAUCACUGGAGACUCCUUCUGCUAUCCUCAUCAAGAGUCAGCUAGAGAGGCCAGGAGCACCAUUAAAACCAGUUGUUUCUGCACUUACCAAAAACUCCUGUGUUGUGUCUUGGAAACCACCUCUCAGUGAUGGAGGCUCUAAAAUUAAGAACUACUGUCUUGAAAAGCAAGAUAAGAAGAAGGGUGAAUGGGUUGCAGUUACGACAGAUGAAAUCCACCAGACUGUUUAUUCUGUCAAGGGCCUGACAGAAGGUGUUGAGUAUGAAUUCCGGGUGAAAUGUGAAAACCUUGGUGGAGAAAGUGAUUUCAGUGAAGUAUCUGACCCUGCCAUUCCAAAGACUGAUGUUGAAGUGCGUGCUCCUGCUUUCAAGGAAGACCUCAGAAACAUGAGUGUAAAAUUAAAGAGCAAUGCAACAUUUGUCUGCAAGAUAACAGGACAGCCCAAGCCUGUAAUAAAAUGGUUCAAGCGUGGUAAGGAAAUUCAAGCUGAUGGCACCAAAAUCAAGAUCCAAGAAUUCAAGGGAGGCUACCAUCAGCUUGUUAUUGCUGAUUGUGAUGCAGAAGACUCAACUGUAUAUCAGAUCAGAGCAACAAACCAGGGUGGAUCCAUUUCUGCUACCGUUUCUCUAGAUGUUGAAAUCCCUGCUAAGAUUCAUCUACCUAAGAAUCUGCAAGGAAAGGAAGCUAUCCCUGCCCUUCGUGGUGAAGUGGUCAACAUCAAAAUUCCAUUCAGUGGAAAACCAGAUCCAGUUAUCACUUGGCAGAAGGGACAAGACCUUCUUGAUAAUAAUGGACACUAUCAAGUCAUUGUCACACGAUCCUUCACAUCUCUUGUAUUCCAGAAUGGAGUAGAAAGGAAUGACGCUGGUUUCUAUAUUGUAUGUGCCAAAAACAGAUUUGGAAUUGACCAGCAAACAGUUGAGCUUGAUGUUGCGGAUGUGCCUGAUCCACCACGUGGCAUCAAAGCCAGUGAUGUUUCGAGAGAUUCUGUAACACUUCACUGGGUAGCACCUGCCAAUGAUGGUGGAAGUAGGGUCACAAACUAUAUCAUAGAAAAGUGUGCCACCACAGCAGAAAGAUGGAUUCGUGUUGGCCAGUCUCGUGACACCCACUAUACUGUUGUCAAUCUGUUUGGAAAGACAAGUUACCAAUUCCGUGUCAUAGCUGAAAAUAAAUUUGGUCAGAGUGCACCAUCUGAGACAAGUGGACCUGUUGUAACGAAGGAAGACAAAUCAAGAGUUCUCAACUAUGAUGAAGAGGUUGAUGACACCAGGCCAGUUUCCAAAACCAAAGCUCCUCAUUCAGAGGCUAAGAAUGUCCACAACAAGUACAUGAUUGCUGAAGAGCUUGGCCGUGGACAGUUUGGUAUUGUUCACCGGUGCAUUGAAACCAGCUCUGAGAAAACUUACAUGGCUAAAUUUGUCAAAGUUAGAGGUGCAGAUCAGGCAUUAGUGAAGAAAGAAAUUGCAACACUGAAUGUGGCACGCCACAAGAACUUCCUGUUACUACAUGAGUCAUUUGACUGCCCUGAAGAACUAGUCAUGAUUUAUGAGUUCAUUUCUGGUGUGGACAUAUUUGAGCGCCUUGGUACAGCCAAUUUUGAGCUCAAUGAGCGCGAAAUUGUUAACUAUAUAAGACAAGUAUGUGAAGCUCUUGAAUUCCUUCACAGCAAGAGUUAUGGCCACUUUGACAUCAGGCCUGAAAAUAUAGUGUACACCACAAGAAAGGGAACUAAUGUCAAGAUCAUUGAGCUUGGACAGUCUAGACACCUUACACCUGGGGACCAAAUUAAGAUUCAGUACACGACAGCUGAGUUUGCGGCACCAGAAAUUCAUCAAAAUGAGAUGGUUAGCACUGUGACAGAUAUGUGGGCUGUCGGUGUCCUUGUGUAUGUUCUUCUAAGUGGACUUAAUCCAUUUGCCGCUGAAACUAAUCAGCAAAUGAUUGAGAGCAUUUGCAAUUCUGAGUACAGUUUUGAUGAUGAAGCCUUCAAGCAUGUAAGUGUUGAGGCAUUAGACUUUGUGGACCGCCUACUAACCAAAGAGCGCAAACAUCGUAUGACCGCUGCUGAGGCUUUGAAUCAUCCUUGGCUGACAAUGAACUCAGAGCAGCUAAGCACUAGGUCCAUCAAGAUUACUCGCCAUAAGAGAUAUUACCAAGCCAUGGUUAAGAAAGAAUGGAACACUGUUGUUUCAUCUGCUCGUGUUGCCAGUGGUGGUGCUAUCAGAAGUCAGCGGGGAGUAACAGUCUCUAAAGUGAAGAUUGCACCAUUUGAACAUGGACCAGUUGCAGGACAAAUUAAACACAGUGUUGCUGAUGAAGGGGAUGAUAUCAAGCUCAUUUGCAACAUUGAUAACUACGAUAGCAGCACCGAAGUAACAUGGUACUGUGGAGUAAGACAACUAGAAGAAGGUGCUAAAUAUGAAAUUACUUACGAAGAUGGGCUUGCUACCAUAACUAUCAAGGGAAUCACAAGAACUGAUGAUGGAACAUACAGAUGUAAAGUUGUCAAUGAGUAUGGUGAGGACAGUGCCUAUUCUGAGCUCUUUGUCAAAGGAGUAAGAUCCUAUCGUGAGUUCUACACUACACGUGUUGUAAAGAAAGUAAAACGCAGAGUUGACACAGUAAGACUACUCCAAAGACCUCCUGAAUUUACUUUGCCAUUGUGUAACCGCACUGCAUACAUUGGAGAGGAUGUGCGCUUUGGUGUCACAAUCACAGUGCAUCCUGAACCACGUGUGAUGUGGUUGAAAACUGGUCAAAAGAUUAUGCCAGGAGAUGAUGACAAGAAAUACACUUUUAUUAGUGAUAAGGGCCUGUACCAGUUAGUUAUUCACAAGCUUGACCCAGAUGAUGAUGCGGAAUACUCUGUUGUGGCACGGAACAGAUUUGGUGAUGACAGUUGCAAGGCCCGUCUCGCAGUGAUCCCUCGUCCUGCUCCUGCUGAUAACACCUUGAGACCUAUGUUCAAACGUGUUCUUGCUAACUUGGAAUGCAGAGAAGGUCAGAGUGCACGUUUUGAAAUGAGAGUGUCAGGGCAUCCUUCAUUGAAAUGGGAGAAAGAUGGCAUGCCUUUGGCGUUUGGUCCACAAAUUGAAGUUGUGCAUGAAGGCUUAGAUUACUAUGUCUUACAUGUAAGAGAUACUCUUCCAGAGGAUUCUGGCAUAUACAGAGUCAUUGCAACUAACUCAGCUGGGUCUGCAAGUUGCCAAGCCACACUCAAGGUUGAACGUGUGACACACAUCAAGAAGGAGGAGAGUGAGAAAGAAAAGAAGAAGAAACAUGAUCUUGAUCAGCAAGAGAUGGACAAGAAAGUAAGAUUAACUCAGAUACUAGCAGGUGCCGAUGUUACCCCACUUACUCCAGUCGCACAGCAAGCACUAAGAGAAGCUGCAACUAUGUUCAAGCCAGCAAUCACUACCAAGAAAGUCAAGAGCGAAGCUGAGGAAGCCAAAGAAAAAGAGGAGAAAAAGAAGAGAGCAGAAGAAAAGAGGCUGAGAAUGCCAUAUGUUAUUCCUCCACCUCGUGUUGUAGCUCCUACUGCUCUUGAAGAGGAUAUGGAAAUCAAACACUUUGUGCCUUUCUCUGAUAUGAAGUGGUACAAGAAACUCCGUGAUCAAUAUGAGUUCCCAGAGCCAAUGGAAAAGUUCCCCCAGAAAAGACUUAAGCGCAUCCGGCUGUCAAGAUGGGAUAAGUUCUAUGAAGUACCCCUGCCAAGAAUUAAGGACCAAUACAAGCCAAAAUGGCAUAUUCCUGUUUCACAGGAUGACCUUGAGACUGUAAGGCCAGCAAGACACCGCACACCUUCUCCAGAGAUGGAGGCUUACUACAGAAUCAGGAGACGCUCUCUUGGUGAUCUUUCUGAUGAGGAACUGCUUCUGCCUGUUAGAGAAUACUUGUCAAUGAAGAGAACAGAAGAAGAAAGACUUAAACUCGAGGAUGAACUUGAAUUAGGCUAUUCUGCUUCUCCACCAAGUCUUAGCCCUGUACGCUUUGAACUCUCUGCACUGCGUCACCCAUCACCUAAGAGAGCUGCAUAUGAUGAGGAGGAAGGGGAGGAAGUUCCAACAUAUGACUCCUACCGUAUUCCAUCUAAAUAUGAGGCUGGUCCAAGCUAUAUUGACUUACGUCAGCGUCACGAUAGGGCAACAUACAGACCUCCAAGGCAAAAGCAAAGAUUAUAUGAGGAAAAAGAGGAUCAGGAACUGCUUAGGUCAGUAACAGCAACCACAAAAUUAACUUCCUACAAAAGCCAACUGCAGCACAUGGAGUUCGAGGAGAAAACAAAGGUCAAAAGAAAGGAGAAAACAAGAGUUUCUGUGUCAGCAGUAACUGAGGCAGCAGUCAUAACUGAUAUACCUAGAACAUCAUUCUCUCCUGGCUAUGCUACAGUAACUCGUCCUAAGAAACAUUCUGCAGCUCAAGCAGAAAAAGAAAUGGUUAGAACAACGUCACCUGAAAAGACACGCCCACGUUCCCCCAGCCUUGAUUCUACUAAGAAAGCAGACACUACACCAGACUUAUCAACAAAAAUUGAUUAUAUGUCAAGGUAUGAGUCAAGAAAGAAAGCCUUGAAAACUGAGAGGAAGUUCGAAAUUGUGACCCAGCAGCCUUUUACCCUCGACCAUGCUCCCAGAGUGACUGUAAGAAUGCGCUCUCACCGUGUGCCAAUUGGUCAAAACACUAAGUUCACACUGAAUGUCCAAUCAAAGCCAGAAGCACAGAUUAAAUGGUACCACAAUGGACUGCAGAUUGAAGAAAGCAGAAAAUACCGUAUGUUUAACAUGAGUGGCGUUUUGUCUCUUCAAAUCAUUGAUUGUCAGGAAGAGGACAGUGGCACCUACCGUGUUGUCUGCACAAAUGAAAAGGGAGAGGCCUCUGAUUAUGCUACUCUCGAUGUUGCUGGUGGAGGAUUUUCUGCAUAUGCCUCACAACGUAAAGAUGAGGAGCCGCCAACUCCCUUUGUCCCUGAGAUGACAAAAACGGAUGUUUAUCACGUUUCAUCUACAAAAGCAGCAUCUGUAUCAGAAACACAAAUGGAAGUAUCCGAAACUAAAACAGAAAAGAUGGAAGAGACAAUUGAGACUGUUGUUCAGGAGGAGAGUGUAACAUCUGAAAUCAAACUUGAAACUAUGGAAGUGACAGCAGUUGAGGAAGUUGUGGUUGAGAAAAUUUCAGAGACUAAACUUGAAACUACAGAAGUGACAACAGUAGUGGAAGAAGUGGUUGAGGAAAAGAAGCCAACUCUCCCAGCUACAAUUCUGACUAAACCACAGUCACUCACAGUAUCUGAGGGAGAAUCUGUUAAAUUCACAUGUGAUGCCGAUGGUGAGCCUGCACCCACUGUAACAUGGAUGCGAGAGGCACAAGUAAUUGUGUCAUCUCAUCGUCACCAUAUUACCUCAACUGAAUAUAAAUCUACCUUUGAGAUUACCCAAGUAGAAACGUCAGAUGGAGGUAAUUACACUGUAGUGGUGGAGAACUCUGAAGGUAAACAGGAGGCACAGUUCAGUCUAACUGUUCGUAAACCAACACCUGUACAGAAAGUUGUUGCUUCUCCUCCAAGAGUGAAAUCUCCAGAGUCCCCCCGUAUAAAGUCACCAUUUGGAAUUAGGUCUCCACAGAGAAUUAAAUCACCUGAACCAAUUAAAUCUCCACCAAGAGUUAAGUCCCCACCCAUGGUAAAAUCACCUACUCCAAAAGAAAAAACAUCCAAGCCAACCUUCUCAGCAGAACUAAAAGACAUCUCAGCCUCUGCAGAUACUAUUAUUAAGCUUACAGUAAAAGUGUCCGGUGAGCCUAAGCCAUCAAUCUCUUGGAUGAAGGAUGGAAAAACCCUCUCUCAAGGUGGAAAAUAUGAAGUCUUUGAAGAACAUGAUUCAGCACAUCUUGAAAUCUACGAAGGUGAUGUCUCUGAUAGUGGAGUAUACACAUGUACAGCCAAAAACAGAGCUGGAUCUGUUACUACAAACUGCACUGUUACUGUUCAAGCACGGACAACGACAGUUGCCAUGGAACGAAAAGCAGAGAUGACAGAGCAAAUAGUGAAAAAGGAGACUGCCUAUGAGGAAGUGCAGUCCUUUACAGAAAUUAAAGCGUCAAAAACCCAAAUGACGAUGAGUCAAGGUCAGACUGUUACACUACGAGCAAACAUCCCUGAAGCCUCUGAUGUGAAAUGGAUCCUGAAUGGAGCCCAGCUAUCAAACUCAGAGGACUACAGAUACGGUGUGUCAGGAAAUGAUCACACCCUGACAAUUAAAAGCAUCAGCCACCAUGACCAGGGAAUUCUCACAUGUGAGGCCAAAACUGAACAUGGUGUAGUCAAGUGCCAGUUUGACAUGACCGUCAGUGCAAUGCGCUCAAAUGCACCAAGUUUCCUUGUGCAACCACACUCAAAGAAUGUAAACGAGGGACAAAAUGUCACAUUUACAUGCGAAAUCACUGGUGAACCUUCUCCUGAAAUUGAGUGGCUCAAGGAUAAUUCGGUUAUAUCUAUUACAUCUAACAUGAAAUUGAGCCGGUCUAAGAAUGUUUACACACUUGAGAUUCACAAUGCUACCAUUGAAGACAGCGGAAAAUACACAGUGAAAGCAAAGAACAAAUUUGGACAGUGCUCUGCAACAGCAUCACUGAAUGUACUCACUCUGGUUGAGGAACCUGCCAAAAUGAUAAUUGUGGAGAAAGCCUCUGAUGCUACAAGCAUGCAGGGCAGUUAUUCUGCCAAGCAUGCGGUUUCAAAAAUGCAAGAGACAUCCUUCAGCAGUUCCAGCAUGGCUGAGGUUAAAUUUGAGAGCAUGUCAGCGUCUAGCAUGACCUCCAUGACUUCUGAAAGUAUGAUAGCUAUGAGCUCCAGCAGUAUGAUGGCAAUGUCCAGUCACUCGCAUGUUGAGGGGUCAUCCAUCAAAGCCAUUUCUCAUGGCCGCAAAGGUAUACCACCAAAGAUUGAGGCUGCUCCUCAAGAUAUCAGUAUUGAGUCAGGGAAGGUCCUGACUGUAGCCUGUGCUUUCACUGGAGACCCAACCCCUUGCAUAGAAUGGUCACAUUCAGGGAAGACACUGUCCAGCAAGGAGGAGAGUGGACGAUUGCAGAUUGAUACUUCUCAAGAUGUCACCACUCUUGUUAUAAGUGGAGUGAAAGAGACUGAUGCUGGUGCAUACACCUUAAAACUUUUUAACGAGUUUGGAUUUGAUACCACUACUGUCAAUGUCAGGAUUCGAUCAAUGUAAAAAAAAAAAAAAAAAAAAUUAUAUAAUAGCAAUACAGUCCUCACCCAAUUUCCCUCAUUCAAAUCCUUUUUAUUUAUAGAAUGAGAAAAAAAAAAUACUCUGUUCUUGUAAAUAUGAACUAUUUUUUUUUUUUUUACCAAACUUGACAUUAAUUUAUGCCAAACUAGACUAAAGUCUAAAGUUGUUAUAAAAUGUGCCAUAUUGGAUAAUUAUGAUCAGAAGUUCAGCACCAUUUUGUGACAUGUACAUAAUGUAUAUAGCCGAAUUUACCGGUUAUGGAAAAUGUAUGAAUUGUUAUUUAUGACAAUAUUAACAAAUGAAACAAAUGGAACUAAAUGUUUAACAGGAGAAAGUUUCACAUGGAACGAAUACCCUGUUAAACCUGAAACGAAACAAAACUAUGUGCCUCAACAAUAAGUUGAAGUCUUAAGAUUGCCUCAACAGGUAGAGAGGCUCCCUGUUGAAGUUAACUAAAAUCAGAGAGACAAAGUUAUACACUGUACAAUUGUGCGUGCAGUAAUGCAGUACACACUAAUUUAUGACUUGAACAUAAGACCUUGAGUGCUGUUUGCAUUACCCUCAUGUAAGCAGGGCGACUAGGCCUUGUGUUCAGACUGAUGAAGUCAUACCGCCAUUUUAAUGACAAGCUCAAUGUGCGAGCGGCCUGCACAAUGAGUUAAUGAUAAUGUUUGUGCACAGUUUCUGGCAACGGACUGUUUGAAUUUUGAUUUUAUGAAAGUAACAUCACCUGGCCAUUCAUUGUAAAAUCAAUUCAAGUGCUUCUUUGCAGAAGCUGUGCCAACUCUUGGAGGAUUGCUAGGUUAUAUUUUGUGUGUUUGUGUGUGUGUUAGCAUUAGAAUUUCACUUUGUCAGCAGCCAGGGUAUCCAUCAAGUAAUGUACCACAGAGACUUCAUGUGCUGUGAAAAGAAAAGAAAAAAUACAUGGAUGUAAUACCCUGCACAUUGAUUUAUUAGAACUAAUUUAUGUAGUUGUACCCAUAUAUUCAGCCUCCUUGAGUUUUAUGAAUUACUGAUUUAAUAAAGCAUGUUUUCAGCACCAUAAAA